CGUGUCAGGACGGAAGCUCAGUGCGAAUUUCUUCUGUAGGAGACAGAGUCGGGAGCAGCGUGGAGUUAAUGCCCAUCACAAAACUGUGUCAGUGACUUUUUCCUCUUUGUGUGUCGAGUUCUAGAGAGCACAAUACCCACGGUGAGUUUGGUUUAUCAGAGAGUGGUUGGUCAUGUGUUGAAAAGAGAAGGCAAUGCCAAAGUUAGCCGCAGCGACUAGCAUGCUAGCUCCUUAGAGAAACAUACGUUGGGUUGCUUUGACUUGUGCGAGCCACGAGGGCCUCAUUGCGGGAGCUGCGGUCUGUGUGUUGGCUGUGGCUUUGGCGGUGGACUUAGCAUUAGCUGCGUUUACGUGGGUACAAAUAAUUAAAGUAAAUGCCCGAUCUGAAUAAAAAUGCGGCAUGUAAACAUGUCGAUGUGGGUUCAAUCGGAAAGAAAUUGUAUUCCGGUCAAGAGGGGUGCUUUAUGCCGAUCGUUAUUCCGAAACACAUCCAUGUUAACACAUAUUCCGAUCGGAAAACAGGAGGUUUCAUUUUUAACUCUCUGGCAUAAACACAACCGCAGGUGCCGUGUCUACUCCUCCGGUAACAUAACAAGGCGUGCAUACAGCGUAAUAAUGUCACUUGUGCACGCAGUCGCACAGGGCAACCUUUGACAAAACGGUAAAAUAAGCGCCGUCUAGUGACAACAUUUAACAAGGGGGAAAACUCCUGAAUUGGAUGGAGUGAGCCACUACCGCGUUUGUUGACAGCACAGGCCAAUACAUAGAUAGGCUAAGAGUACUUAAAAAAUAAGAGUCCUAGUUUCACAAUAAAAUACCCAAAAAGUGAAUCCAACGACAACUGCUAACUUUAAAUAAACAAACCUAAAAUAUAAAAGUACUAGUACUGAACAGGGCGCCCUGACAAAUACACUAUAGGGUAAAUACUGGUUUCUAUAUUUUAGAUAUCUUGAUCAAACACCAUAGAAAUGAUCAGGUUUGCUGGAGCUCUCAGAAUAUUCACCUGUUUACAGCUGCGUUUUAUUAAACUCUUGGCAAACUACAUAUUUUAAUUCUACCACACUGCACUGCAACAUUAAUGUUUGUACUUGAAGAGUUUGUCUUUUUGUGUUUUAACCUUCUAUUUUAGCUGUUUUUCCAAACUGAGCCAAAUCAAUAAAUUUUCCUUUCCUUGCUUCAUCAGUUUUGCUGCCAUGGAGGAAAACUUGAGUGGAACUCUAGUUGGAACUUUUGAGACUUCACAGUGUCCUACAUAUUGCUGGACCAUGGUAAGUUACAAAGGUGUACAUAUGCACAGCAAACAUCACCAAUCUUCUUCUACAUUAUCCCAGUAAUGUAAUGUAAAUCUACUGCAUCCAAUAAGUGGUGGGUUAUUCCAGCAAAAUCCAAUAAGUAAUGCUGAUUCUCCUCCUGACACGAAUGAGUAAGUAGACAAUAUAAUCACAAAAAAUCUAGUUUGCACCCAGAUAGAAGGACACCAAUUUGUAAGUUAUUUAGUCAAUAGAGCAGACAGGAUCUCCAGCACAACUGAAAGUGAUUUUUUGCUAUAUGUGUAUCCUCAGGACUAGGGGCAGAGCAGCAAAAAGGCCUGGUUAUAAUAAAACUUUUACUAGAUGCUAAAGGUCUUUAACUCUGUUUUCCACUUUUUAGACCCAUGUUUGACUAGUAAAGUCAUUUUUCUGCAAAGUUGUUUAGAUCUCUUUGAAAAAUGAAAUAAAAAUACUUGAAGUUUGUGUUCCACUCAGCUGCUGCCAAGGAUGUGAUGAACCAGAACCAUGCAGCCCUUGUGUGGUUACAGAGUAUAAUGUAUGACACAGUACAAGUAGUAUGUGAAUAAAUCUCAAGUGUUGUUGCCGGAUGCUCAAAACCUUUAUCCUUUGAUAUAUUUCAAAGAGCUCUCGAUACACAAGUGGCUAAAGGCCUUCAUGUUCUGUAUAGACUAUUACGUAAGCAAAACAGGCACAAUACCAGCAACCAAGUUCACUUCAGAGAUGCAAGGUGUUUCAUGGUCACUUUUCCUUUUGAACGCUCAAGCGAGUAAAGCUGCUGUAUCCUAAAUUGUUUGCUAGAGUCAAAGAGGAUGUUCCUGAAAACAGCUGUCAAGUUUUUUUAAACAUACUUAAAACCAUUUUAGGUCACAGUAAGAGUAAUAAAAUAAGAUGUCAGGUGAAAGUUCCUGUGUGUUUUUUUUUUUUUUUUUUGCGGUCUGUGUCUCAAACUUUUGGUGUGCGUUGCAACUUGAGCAGCACAAAGUGAAACUAAAAAAUGCUUUCUUUAAGAUAUAAAAUAGCAUCUUGUGUUAGUUUUCUCCUCCUGUUAUUGCUGUACUAAAGAUUUAUUCCAAAGAGGGCAGGUUCAGAUUUGGUAUAAAGAAAAGAGCCCAUGCAUGAAACCUUUUCUUCAGUUUCUAAUACAUGUUUUGUAACUUUUAAUCUAUUUUGGUUCCUUAGUCUACCUGUCAUAUAAAAUAAUCAUUUUUUUGUGAAUUGUAAAUUUUGUGUGCCAACAUAUUGAUAUGGUAAAAAAGUGCAGGGUUUAGAAAUUAAUGAUCAAUUAUUGAAUAGUAAGGCAAAUGUGGAAGGAUUUAUAUUUAAGUAAGGAAAUUGGAUGAGUCUUUUUAAGGAAAAAUUGAUUGAUUUUUGUUUUUUUUCACAGUUUUUUUGUUAUAGUGGUAUAGUUUGGAAAUAAAACAUUCUCUGGAAGUAAAAGCAGAGUUUUAUUUUCUUGGAAAACAGUAACUGCUGGCAGAAAAAAAUCAUUUAUCAGUGUAAAAAUAACCUGUUACAGCACUUCACAGAUAGUAAAACACAAUAUUUUCUGUCAUUUCUUUACUUUUAAAUAAUAAAAAAAAAUCGUAUGCCAUCUGUUUUACAUUUCUUUAUCUGUUGUACAGGGAAGAGUUAACAUAUGGAACUAGCUUGAUUACAUUAAAGCUAAAUAAAAUACAUAUUGGUCUCCCAUUAGCCAAAUAAACACUUUGAAGCUAAAUAAAGCUCAAAACCACCACUUCCAUUUUCAUUAGCGCUUGUCACAGCAUUCCCCUUCUCACAACUUUACAACAGCCCAUAUUAAAGACACAGCCUGUAUUAAAGCAGACUUUAACAAUCCGUCUUAAAGGAAAAGGAUACUAAUGAAGUGAAGAGUUAAUGCUAAAACAGUUUGAGAUUUGUACUUAGUGUACUUCUGGCAAACCUUAACAUUUACUUUGCUCAGAUGAAACCUCAGCGCAGCUGCAUGUAUGAAAUAGACUCUGUUCUGUGUCAAUUCUGCAUGUGGCCUUGAAUUUUAAAAAAGGAUCAAUUUCUCCAAAGAUCGGGUGCAAUUUACAAAUGAAUUUCCUUCACGCUCGGCUGCUUCAUAAAAGAAUUUUUGUCCUGACUCAGAUUGAACACAGUUGAAUGAUUCUAUCCAUAUUCCUGACUUCUUUACGAGACAAUGUUUUCCAUUUUGUCAAACACAGAAGUCUGAAAUUUCCAUGUGUUUUUUUUUUUUUUUUUUUGGUGCAACAAGUGUUACUGAUUGGGCCUUUUUUUGUCUGCCACCAACCUCUUGUUAGGUUAGCGACUGGAACAAAGUGACACUGCAGAAGAGCUUGUGCUCUGUGAAGGAUGAAGGGGAUCCUAUUGAGGUGACAAAGCUCCACUCUGUCACUUUUCAGAAGUGCACUAAUAAAAUGAGCCAGGGUUUCUUUUUUUAUUAGGUUUGUAAAAGUGGAAAUAGUUAUUGUUGCAGAAUAAUCAUGAAAAAAUGAUUAAACUAAUCAAAGCCAAUAAUAAAAAAGAAAAGAAAAACACACUCAGCUUUUUAAAGGGAGGGUUUUACUGCUGGGUCAAAUUUCAACAAUUCAAACUAUAAAAUAUAUGCCUCUCCUUUUCUCUCUACCAUGUCUUUGAUUUGUGCUGGCUCCACUCUAUUUAAGAUUUAAUAUAUUUUUUAAAUAUUAUUAGUAGUUUUCUUAGAAAUUGUUUCGCAAGAAAAAAGUUCAGAGGGCCCACAGCGUUCAAAAGGAAAGAAAAAAGGUGGAAGUAAAAGCAGACAAAAUUUUGGAUGAUGACUUUGUUACUUAAAUGAUCAAGGUUAUGGCCCCAUAGAUUUUGAUUGACUCUUCUAUUGAUCCAAAUGUCAAUUUAUUUUCCUUUUUUAUUUCUUUUUAAUGCUCUCUUUUGCCCUUAUUUUUGAAUUGAAUCUGCAUGUUUCUGAUUUUCCAUUCACAAAGUCUCCAAAAAUAGAUUCAAGGAUCAUUUUUUUGCACAUACAAACAAACUGUCUUUUCUAUGACCUCAUCUGCUGCUCAUUCACACUCCCAAAAUGACUCCAUGUUACGAUGUUAAAAAGCGCAUUGAUACAUCUUGGCAUGAUGUGUUGUAACCUUUAGUGCGAUUGAUUUAUGCAAAGGUAAAGGUGAAGCCAUUAGUUCCUGGACUGAGAUCCCCCUGUGAGGCCCGUUCUGAAUUUAUAAAAUUUCAAGGAGCUCUGAUAAUUUAAUAUGGAGUGCCCUUUCAUAGGUUAGGUCACCUGCAGCGCGGCCUGCAAAUUGAAUAAAGAACAGUAAUAGAAAACAGGAUGUCAGGUGGGCUCCCUGCUUAUAAAAUCAUUAACAACAGUGUGUCUUUUCUCAUAAAGGAGCCCAUUUAUUCUGAGGAGGAAAUGUUAUGAAAGUGUAGGGGAGCAACUCAAUUUAUUUUUCAUUAGGAAUUAACUCAUGGGAGAAACACUGAGAGGGUUAAUAGCUGUUUGUGUACAUCAGCAGUGUGAACUAAUAGGUCUGGAGAAAAUCCUGCUGUACACGCCUUAAAUAAUGCUCUCACUUUGAGUGUCUUUAAAAGUCAACUGCAGCCCCCAUGUGUAACCUUAAUGAUACUGCAGUGGUUCCAGUCUUUAAAAAACUAUUUAUAGCUUCCUUUCUCUUUGGUUGUGGAAAGUGCUGCAUCUUUACAUAGCUGGGAUUUUCUCAUAAAUUACAUAUUCAUUUUCAUUGUAAUGAGAAAGGAUAAGAGACAGAAAGUGAGUAGACCCCCUACUCUGGUCCCAUGCUGAUGGCUUUGUUUGGGUCAUAUCAGAAUAAAGCAGCAGCUCGGUCAAAUCCUCUCCAUCUUAAACAGACUUCCACAGAGCUCCCGGUGCUCUCAGCAUGACUCAGGCCAUGUACCGCAGGAGGUAGAAAACCCUGCCUAAUCCCCUCAGUGCUUUUACAAAUAUCUAUAUUUCCUCUCGGAGGAGAUCUGAAGAUUACCGCUACAGCCUGUGUAUCUGUGGACAAUGAGUUAUUAUUGUACCCACAUGGUGGGUUUUCAUCGGCCCAGCAAUCUCUUUUAUGGCUCAAACUGCUUGUCUGUGGUGAAUCCAGGGAAUACAGUACGGCACCUGUUAAAACAGCUGCAACAUUGAAGGUGUUGCAUGUUCUUGUUUCUUGUUUGCAAGGCAGUAAUACUCGUUGAUGGCACAAAGCAGGAGAAACAUUUAUUUUUUUUAGUCAUGAGUGUGUUGUCCUGGUGUUUUCUUUUGGUUUAUGAAAUAUGUAAACCACCGUUUUUGGAAUUGUUUGGAGCAGGAUUGAUUUGGGAAUAGUUUGUUGGCAAAUUCAGAAUCUUUUCUAAAAUAUGUUGUCAGCCAUAAGUUGAUGCUGACUUGGUGAGAGUAAUGAUGUGAUCCUGCUAUAAAAUGAGCAAAUUUUAAAGAGACACGCAAGGUGUGUAGAGAAAACUUUGAAGUUUUCACCUCAUUUUGCCUUUAAAAGGAAUCAGAAAAUCGCAUGGUAGACAUACUGGAUUUUAGGGACAGAUGAGUAAAACUGUUUGUAAUUUUAAUAUAAUUAUUCAUGAUAUUUUAAAUCAUAUUAAUGACUUUAUUUUGGUUAAUAAACUAUGCUAUAAAGAUACAUUUUCUUCAUAUAUUAAUGAUAAAACCUGCUACAGCAUCAAACUGUUUUUGAUGGUUCUGGACUAUCUUGCCAUAGAUAGCAGAAGUUUGUAUUAAGUUAAGAGUGAUUUUAAUUCUCUUUACUCUCUUCAUGUGAAAAUUGUAGUUGAAUUCAUUUUAAAUUGCACGUGUUUGAUAUAAACAAUACAAUCACUAAGUUACCAAUUCGAUUAGUUUUUCCUUUUUUGUUAACUCUAUAGUCACAUUUAACCCUAAGGGAUUUUGGAAGUUUUCCGUUUUUGGGAGCUUGGUGUGUUGUUUUAGUCCUACUGUUGCUUUCACAUACUGUGAAAACAAAUCUGUUAUUAUCCGUUCUUAUUCAUGGGGUCCCAUAUAUUUCAACAUUUGUUUAUUUAUUUAUUUAUUUUUUUAUAAGCUUUUUUGUGUUUUUUGGAGCGGGGGCACUUUUGCCUUUAUUAGAUAGGUCAGCAGGAGAGAGACAGGAAACAUAGGGGGAGAGAAAGAGUGGGGGAUGACAGUGCAUGGUGUGCGCUGGUAGUCCAACAGGCGCCCCAUCUGUUGAGAUUUUUAAAAUCUUUUCCUGUGGGCCACCCUCAUCUUAAAAAAACAACAAGCCAAAAACAACAAAAAAUACUAUUAUUUGUCAUCACUUGACAAAAAAACAUUUAAAUGGAAUAAAAAUGUUAACCAUGUCGAUCUCAAUGUCAGGUUGAAUAACCUGCCAAGAAAGCAUUGAUACAGUAUUGCUUUGGUGUCUAUUAGUAUUUGUGGGUUUGGUUUCUCAAAUGUGAGCCUUUGAAAGCUUAUAUUAUCAUAUUUGAUAGGAAACUGAGUUCCUUUAGUUUGGCGGUUGCUUGGAUCAAUAAAAAAUGUAUCUAGAUUGUUUGUUCUAGGUAUGAGAGAAUUCCCCUUUGUUGUAGUUAUAGGGUCUUGGACUGACUACAGUGAUAACAGCAAUGCAAUCUCCACCACUUAUGUUUAUUUACCCGAGUCUUGGAUCCAAUUGGAAGUGCUCAUACAUAAAGCCUGACUCUAUUCCCCUGUCUCUGCAGAGUGGGUUUACAUUUAGUGAAUAGAAAACUGCAUAAAAAUAAACACACGUUUUGCACACUGUCAUCUGCAUACAACAUGAUAUUGAGUAUGGAGCCCACGUUUCCCCCCCGAGUUUAUGUAUGUGCUCAUUGGCGUGAUCUCCAAUGUAAAUCAUGAUUACAUUGUCAGAUUGAACACCGAGCACACACACAUAUGGGUUAUUUAUGCAGGUUGUGUAUUAAUUAGUAUAGAGUCUCUCUAGUGUGUUUCAUUUGGGGCCUAGUGUUUGAAGUAGUUCCUUUACCAGCAGAGGAUGCUCAUGGCAUUACAGCGAUCUCUGAACAAGAAGAAGAAGAAGAAGAAGAGCCUCUUCGUCUUUCUUCCCGAGAAUUUCUCCCACCAGGGACGCUCUGCUAAUAAGUUCCCUGGGCCAAACCUAACCUGUUUUCAGCCUUGCUCCAUACACAGAGAGAGAACUGAACUGCAUUUGCUCUUUAAGACUUUUCCAUAGAGUUGAACAAAAUAUUCUGCUGCAUCGUUUUAGACUUUAAAAAUGAAGUAUUUGUUUCAUGAAAUAUAAAAGAGAGAAGGGAGCUGAAGAGUUUUUUUUUUUGGUGGUGUUUUUUCAUGACUUUCAGCUUCUGCUCUCACUUUCUGAAAAAGGAUUAAAUAAAUGGCUUUAGUGAGGGCUUGGCCAUGAUUGUUCAAAUACUUCUACAGAAAUGGAAAUGUGAGGCAAUUGUAACAGCUUUUAAUAUCAUUAUUCCACGGUGACCCUUCAUUUCACACAGUUUGCACCCUUUGGUGAAAGCAGGUGUUGAAAGUCAUGCAGACUUUUAUUUUUCUUUCUGUCUGAAGGAGGGACUUGUCUUUGACUUCUCUGAGGAGUGCUUCAGUGGUUUUUUCAUUUUUUUCCAGCUGUGUCAGGGUGUCUGACUGACUGUCCAGGAACAGUCAACCGAUCUGGCCUGAUGACAUGAAGGAGGGCCUUGAUAGACUUCUCUGAUUUCUUGUGGGGAAUCACAACCUGAGGAUACAAAGCUAACGGGCAUUUUUCACAACAUUUAGACCUUUAGAGCUUGAGAAACUCAUCAAGGAAUUAAUAAUAUUUGAAUCCACAAUGCUGCAACCGCGAUUUAACAAAGUGUCUCAGCCUCAUUCUCAGUCUUGACUUCUGGAGUCCCAGUGAACAUGGUUUAUCUCUCCACUCGCGUGCCGAAGCCUUUGGCCAUCUUGAGCUGUCUCUUUGUUCUCUUUUUCCUCCUCAGUUCGCCAGUGUGAGAGUGAUGCUUGUUGACACAUAUUUGGACAGGCCAGAGCCUCUUCUAUCAGUGGACGGUGUCCACAUGCUUGUGAAGUUAUCACAUCCAGCAGAUCAAAGACAGUUCGCACAUUAUUUAUGCAUCGCUGAAAGGUGAGGUAUUCAGUUGAAGUUGGGCAGCAAAGCAGAGCUGCCUUCCUAUUUGCGAGUAAUGACUUCCUCUUUAAUUGAGUGCUUCUGGUCCAAUUCAGACGCUGGCCUUAGUGUCCUCUUUGCUUUGUGCUGUGUGGAAAGAAAAGUCUCAAAAGACAAUGUGUUUUUAAUUCAAAAAUACUGCAAUGGAAUUUUUUUCACUAGGUGGCAUCAUUCUGUGUCAAGUAUUGCGUCAAGCAACAAAACCCUGAGGAUAUAUUUGUUAAGAAAAGUCACAUGAUCAGACAUAAUUACAAUGUACCAUCUCCAAAGAUAUCCAGGAAGGCUGACAUGUUUGUAUAAUGCAUUUUCUUAUCAAAACGUUACUGGAGCCCCAAGUGUGCAUCCAAGUCUUAGUUACUCUGAUAUCGUAGAGAUAACGAGUAAUUCCCUGUUGUUUUUCCUAGAUAUGGACUUAUUUUCCUGUUUACUUGUUCCUGUUUGCCUGUUCUCCUGACGAACAUGAAUAUUUGUGGUUUUCCCGUGAUACUGAGUUUAUUUCAGUUGAUUUGAUCUCGACUUAUUUUGGGAUAACAAAGCUGGCGUCCCAAUUAUAGCAGAUUGAUUUAUCUCGAAGAUCUAGAUUACGAAACUUGAUCCCUCAAGAUAACAGGAUCACUCAUAUGUUACCUGCUUUUGCUACUCUGGGCAACAAAUUAUGAUCGUCUGAUGUCACUGAGGUGUAUGUGGUGCAAGGGGGAAAUCAAAAAUAAGUAGAAAACAACCAGUUGACUUGUUAUGAGAUAACUAAGUUGAUGAAAUGGAACAGUGCAUGCACACUUCUGAUUACCAUGAACUUAAAAGGAUAUUCAGGCUUAAAAUUAAUGAAGGGUCAAACACAUCGUAACACCGAGUUAGACACCCCCUCGAGAGAUGAUUGUUGUCGACUGCUUGCAUCUCUAGUUAUACCAACCUUAGUAACGACCACAAGAUAGCAAUACAAAGGGGUCUAAGGAGCCAUAAACAAACCUCAACCAAAACGCCACUCUAUAGCCACUAAUAAUGCUCAGAACAGCACCUAACUUCAUCAACAGUACAUAUAGGGUCCCAGCCACAGCACUAGCCACCAAACAUCUUUUUAGCUUUGCCUGAUUUCUUUGGCAAAGAGACUAAACACAACUUACCCACUCCUUAGAUCGCUGUGUAUUGCUAUCGUGCGGUCGUAACAAAAUUUUGUGUAACUAGUAAAGCAAGCAGUUGGCAACAUUCAUCUCUCGAGGGAGUGUGUAACUUGGUGUUAUGGUGUGUUUGACCCUAAAUUAAUUUUUAUGCUGGAAUAUCCCUUUAAAAUACUGUUAGAGAAGUCAUUUCUUAAAGUUUUGUGAUUUUAAAAUACUCUGCGAGAUGAAAACAGCACACUCCAGGUUGUUCCAGGUUGUGUCUCCAAAAUUACGAAGAUACUCACAACAUUGUUUUAUAGAGGCAGCGCAGGGGUGAGCCUCAGGCUACUCUUUUGCUCCUCUUUACUCUAAGGCCUAAGGCAACAACCUUGGUCCACACUUUUCAACAGAAUUCAAAAUCCGAUUGGGGGUUAUGUAUCCUGGCUCUUCAUUUAUUGAGUACUUUUCCUUGUAGUUUGUAAGCUCGUCUGGUUAAGGCUCAUUCACUGCUUAAAUUAAGACUUAAAGUGUUCCUGCUUGCUGUUUUGUUGAUCUCAGCACUUUGAGCUGAUAAUGAACCUCCAUAAAAGAAUGUGUUUGGCUUCAGACAAAUGUUUCUGACGACCAGUGGAUGCAUUUUUAAGCAACUUGCACACUAAGGACUAUUUCCACCCAAAGGUCAUGGAGGAUAAGUGGGUAGAAAGAGGUACACCUCGUCACUUUUUGAAGGACUAAGUGUUCUGCACUGAAAUACACCGCUGGGAGACUCAAAUGACUCAAAAGGCCAUAUCAGCGAGCACUUGCGGUCAACGUUAUUUAUUUAUUAAUUUGAGGCCUGUCUACUGACACAUCUGAGUGGUCUAAUUGCUGCGAAUUGACACCGGUUACUGUCCAUAAUGGGAGCUUGGGAGUCUUUCCUAACCGCGGUUCAUUCAGCCGCCCCUCGCUGCAACUUAACUGCCCUUAAAAUGUCUGAUUGCAACACGGGAGCUGUGGGGCGAGACAGGAUUAUCAGUCUUUGUUGUGUGACUGUGUCUAUUAUCCUGACCUCUAUUCACAGUGGGCCCUUAGGAGUGUCGCUUCCAGCCACACAGCAAACUACCCCAUCCCCGACAAACAACAAGUGAACCAGAGAUCUCCCCCCCAUCCCAAAGCACUAGACACUUACAGCUCCAGCACUGCAUGGGCCAAGCGCUCCACUGCAGGUAAGCCUAUCAAAUCCCUAUUGAUUUCAUAAAGAUAAAUUGGAGGCACUCCCUCUCGACGUUAUUGCAGCAGACGCGAUUGAUUGUUUUUGUGUUGACUGCUGAUAUUGUCACUGAGGUGGGUGGACUACUGUUAGUUUAAGAAGUUCAUUAGUAGUGAGGAGCUGCUAGUGGAGUCUUUAAUAGGGGGAUAAAAUGCAUCCGCAGGGCUUGUGUGGCUCUUCGUGCAGCGUAUUGUGAGAGUGGACUGUAGCGGACCGGGAAGGCUUUGUGGCGGUGUGUGUGUGGGUUUUCUUUUUUUUUUUGGCUUCAGUGGUAGUGGUUUUUGAAAAGGGAUUUCUACCUUGGCCCACUAAUAGUUUUGUUGCAGAAAAGGCAAGUCUAUGUCAGUUAUUUAGUACCAUUUUUUUAUGUGUACUGGUUAUAUAUGUGUGUUUGAAAUCUGCUGAUUAAAAAAAUGUAUGUUGACUUGUAGGUAUCUUUUUAUAUUGCUCUAUUCUGCAAGUUUUUCCUAAACUGUCAUUGCACAAGUAUUUUAUGGAGUCUCCUUUCUGGUAAAACACACACACAUAAACAUACACACACAUAUAAUAUAUGCACAAUAUUUAUUUUUUUUCUCUGAUGAGAUGAGGCUCCCAUCCAGAAAAGGGUCUUACACUCUUCUCUCUAUGUUUCUGACAUACAUUAAAAACUAUAAUGAACAAUACCAGAGGACACAAAUAAGGAUCCUCAUUUUUUUGGCUCUUGGGGGUUUGUGGAUUGAGGUCUGGCACGAUACUGCACCCAGGCGCUGUAAGCUUUGUAAUCCAGUUCCAUAAAUACUCAGCCCCUUACAGCACAGCUGAUUAAUUCAUCACGUUUAUUUCCAUGGCGGAUGUCAUAUAGCCUAUUUAUAAACUCUGUAAUCAUAAAGAUGUCAAAGUGCCAAAAGUUUUGAGGGCUUCUGCUGCAUAUUUUCAGGAUUACAUUUGACCCAAAACCUACUUCAAUGAAGAAUGAAGAGAGACAAUGGAUUUUUUUCUUUCUCCUUUCUUCUGCUUUUACUACGACACAGGAGUGAAACGUCUUUGCCUUCAUCGCAGGUUGAAAAGAGUAGCGGGCAUCCAAGUUAAUAUCAUCAUUCAUUAAGCUUUUUUAUCAAAUCCAAAUCUGGCACUGCUUUGCUUUCCUUGCGCUGGCUCUUUCAGGAGAACAGUGCAGGGUAGCUUCCUCUCCAUCUGUCUUGAGAACUUUCUGCCACAGCAAGUGUGAAUUCAAUUUAUUUCUGCGUGCCCUGAUUCACCACAAAUUGCUUAAUGGUUUGAAACUCACUCCUGACAGCACCAUUAGAGACUUGUGCAGAGAUCAUUCCCAGUGAAAGCCAUUUCAAAUGUUUCGUAUGUAACUUCUUAAACAAAUGUGGCCAUCCUAUGUAUGUGCUCUGUAGGACAAAUGUAAAAAAAAAGGAAAUAAAGGCAAAUUUAAUCCAUGGUCUGGAAACUAAGAGGUAAAAAUGCACAGUUUGGGAUAAAAGCCAAAUAAAUAGACCAAAUAGGGGCAUCUGGAGGGCACUUUUCUACCUCCAUGAACGCGUGGUAUAAUUAGACACAGUUUUUCGACAAUUGUUGAGAACAAAUUGGCAGUGUUUGACAUCUGGUAGUUGUAGGAAAUAACGCUUUAAACUCACUUGGUGGAUUGUUAUUGCUGGAGUUAUCUCAAACUCGUCCCACUGUCAAACAGAGCUGCUCCACUGACUGUGGAGCCUCACUUAUCCUCCCUCAGCCCACUACAUCAGAUGGGGAUGAUUGCAGGCUAGAAAUCAAUGAAACCACAAACAUCCCUGAUAAUAUUCCCUCUUGGGGGUGCAGUUGCAGAUACUGUUGGGGCACUAUUUAUCCCUCCACCACAGUCUGUUCUGAAGACAAGACUUUGAGUUUCUGAGAUGUGUUAAAUGGAUUGAUCCAUAAAUUGGCAUUGUAACAAAAAACUUUAAAAACACAGAUACGCUUUAAAUGAACUGGAAGCACUUUCUGUUACACAAUCAAUCUAUCAAUCCCAGUCUUGUUGUUGUAAUCACUGUGAAAUAGCUGGUCGACGAUGUUUCUACUUUUUAUCUUUUGCUAUUGAGAGGAAACAUCCAGUAACACUUGUACAUGAUGGCACUGUUGUUCUCGGAUUUGUGAGAUCAUGCCCCUCGGAGAAACAUCCACAGAUCUCUAAGUGGACCGAUUUGACAAUAUAAAAGUCUCUCAAGCCCUCCAAUCAAUCAUUGCCUUUCACCACAUUAUUCCCCAAACAAUAAAAAGACAAUAUGAGAUUAAUAUAUAGUCUGUUGUUAUCCUUGUGGGGCGGGCAGCGUCCCCUUGUCUAAAGUCAGCGAGCAGUAAGAAGGAUUUGGUUGACGGAGCAGAGCGGGCCAAGAGAUUUCUCUGCAUUUGAGGUCACUGGUGGAUAGCAAAGUUAUCUAAAGCCCCAGUUUGUGUCAAACACCCCCCCAUUUCCCCCCAUACACACUCCCGUAUCCCAGAGUGGGUGUCAGAGAUUAGUGGUGCAUCCAUUCUCCGUGACCUCUAGGAGCUAAAGAGAUACUGCAUUGCCAUCUUGUGACGUGUCUAACAAUGCAGGGCCAAGACUGCCAUUUCAAUGCCACGCUACGCCACAGGAUGGCCCUUUUGUUGAAUGCUUGCAUACGAUUUCAGUCAAUAUGCGCCAUGAUGGGCAUUUUACCCCAUCCCUAACUAGCUCUUAGGUUCUGAGAGGAUAUGUGCUGUUGUGGGAUCACAUGGAGCAGAGUUGGCUGCAAUUACUUGCAAGUAUUUGCUGCAGUCGAACCACAGGAGUCUAUUUCCGAGGAGUAAGAAAAUGCUUGCCAGAAAUUCAUGAGUCCUUUUAUAACUUUUUAUAUAGCAAAAUUAUUGGUUUAUAAACGAAGAAAAAUUAUAUUUUUUUCCCCCAUGAUGGCAAUGAUACAAGCUUUAUAGAUAUGUACAGUUUUUGUUUUUUGUUUUUUGUUAAUGGGGGAUGAAACAAAAAUAUUUAAAAUGUACUGUCUGAAAAUAAAUCCCCUCACUAUACGUCCAGUCUGAUCUGUGAAAAUACAAUCAGUGCAUUCAUGUAACAGGCUGAGUUAGUUAAAGAGGUUCAGUGUUAAUCUUAUUUUUAACUUAUCUGCUACAGUGCGCUGUAGGGUUGUGAAUCACUAGUGGCCCCAUGAUACUAUAUAUUACGAUACUUGGGCCACGAUACGAUAUUAUUGUGAUUUUUAACAUUUUGCAAUACCAUGAGUAUUGGGAUACAAUAUAUUGCAAUAUAUAAAAUUUUCGACUGUUUAGCUAACUAAGCAUUUGUCUUUCUUUUAUAUUUGUCUUAUUUACGCUGUAUUUUAUUUUCAUGUAGCACAUCUUGCAAACCCUAUAUAUUUUUGUUGCACUAAUCUGCUCUGACGUCACCUCUGCUAACCUCAAUGAACAAACAGUUGAUUUUAUUUUUUUCAUUGUCAUAGAUUUGACUAUAUUAGCAAUUAAUUUGAAAAAUCCAUACUUGGUAAAUGAGACGAUACGAUCUAUCACCAGACAAAAUAUCACAGUACUAUGCUGUAUCGUUUUUUUCUCCCACCCCUAAUAAGUAAAUUACUAUAUAUGACUAAACAGGGAUAAUUUCAUUAAAUAUUAGAUCUUAAGCAAAACUGUUUGUGUCUUUAUGUUUUCAGUAUCCAUGCAGAGUCAUAACUGGCAACACAGAAUCACCACUUUCGUAAACUUCAUCUCUCAAGUCCAUAUUUAUACAAUUUAUUUUGGCAUAAGAUACAAAUUGUAUUGAUUUUUUUCUCCCACCCCUAGUGUGCUGCAGGAAAAAAAUAAAAAACUGUCUCCAUGCAUUUCUUUUUUUUGACUUUUAUUGAUGAUUUUUUGAUAACCCAAAUGUAUGUCAGUAAAGAAGCUGCAGCCAGCUACUGUAUGACAUGACCCACUUGCCAAUAAAUGAUUUUGACAUAUAUGAAAAGAUCGACUCCAACCCAAAUAUCAGUUUUUGUCACACAAAGCACAGCUGUGUAAAAACAUGUAUUCACUUGGAUCUUGCUCCUCUGUAGUACAGUAUCUGAUUUGAUAAAAGCCCACAGUCUGAUAAUUAAUUGACGGUCCUCCAUGCGCGAUUAGUCAACCGUUAUUAGACAGCCAGACCUGAGAUUCAAGCAGCUCCCUCGUUUUGACUGACAGACCAGUAGUGGAAAAGAGUCGACUUAUAGAAGUCGUGUCAAAAUGUCAAAUGGACCAUCUUGGAGAACAUCAACAAAACGUCUGUAUUGGACCUCUCUGCGGCCUUAGUAUUCCCAGGCCAAAACCACAGAGCUCAAUACUACCAGAAAACGGGUAUGAAAACCUCAGUUAGAAAAUCUGACAUACCCAUUUCUGAGGCUGUCAGGCCUUCUGCUGGUUUCUGGUGUUGUGUGGUGUGUAAAUCAUUCCCUUGAGGAAGCUGAGUUGCUCAAAAUACUAUAGAUUCAACCCAUCAUGCUAUACAGGAAGGCAUAUUUUACAAUAUGUUAUGAGGAGACUGGCUGAGAUAUAUCAGAGUGGGUAUUGGCAUAGCUGAACUCUUAUAUUAAACAGUGUAUACUUGGUAAUAACAAUAAAGAGAUAACCUUGAAAAGUGAGGACAAUUUCACCUGUUUUCUGCAAAUAAAGGAUUGAGAGAAUGACUGUUAGAGCAAAUAUAUCCACAUACUUGGACAAUCUACUCUUUCAUCUGUCAUAUUUAGUCGAACAACAUGGAUACUACUAUGUUUUAUUAAUGCCUUGGCCUGAACGUAUACAGUGUUUUUCAGUGAGUGGAACUAACAAAGGCUUCUCAGCAGAGACAUGCUGAAGGUGAGAGGCUUCAAUAAAAUAAAAUAAAUCUCUUCACUACAUCUUUGGGAGCCUCCACAGUCUAAACAUCCGUCUUUAACCAUUAAUACUUGUAUUUUCUCUCUAUCUCUGAGUAACCUGUCAUUCUCUUUAUGUCAGUCUAGAUAUAAAAUAUAAAAUGUUCAAUUGAUUUAAAAAAAAAAAAAGGAAAAUGAGUGAUAGGUCUUUCUUUAUAAAGCAAUUAAUUGUAGUAAGAUGUAGUAAGAGCGGUGUCUUUUUUUAGGGCGAGAUGCAGCAUUUUUGCAAAGUAAUUAUAUCAUUAUGUUCUCAAUGGUAAUUCUCAACUUAUGAGUUUGACUGAGAAAUCAUUCACAUAAAGAGGUAGACCUCUGGUUAUAGAGAGUUUUUUUUUUUUUUCUAAACAAGACAUUAAGUCCUGACAUUGUGUCCUGUACACACAGAGUCCCCUCACUGCUUCUGGCUGCUGCGUGGAAAGAAUAAAAAGAGUCAUUCUCUGGGAAGAGAAGUAAAUUUGGUCCAUGAUGCUGCUGGACCAUACUGAGUGUUUGAAUUCACUCGGUUAAUAGCGUGCGACAUGUCCCUUCAGGUCAUCAAUUGUUAUAAAUUAAUGAUUUUAAAAGCAGUGAUGACACCUGAGGUUAUGAAUGAUUUAAUAAGCCAGAACAGGGUUAGAGGGAUAGUGUCCACUCUGUGCCAGUUUUUCCUUGCAUGGUGGUGUGCUGCUAAGUUUUUAUUUAGUCAUUUGUAGUUUUCAGUGAGCGGAUUUUUAAACACAUAAAACCAUCAAAAGACACGAGAGCAUAUUUUUACCUAAAAUUGACCUCAUAGGGUUCACAACGCAGAAAAAUAUAUAUCAGUUUAGGUAAAUCAUUUUGUCCUUGUACUUAAUUUCACUCAUGACAAACAAAAGUUAUCUUUACAUUUAAGAUGAAGUUUUUAUUUGAUUCAUCUUAAUACAUUUCUUGAGGUAAGUUAAUUCCACUCCUUGAGUGCUGCUACAUCACUUUGUUGUCUGAAUAUUUCUAUUUCUAGAGGACGCGGUUGAAAGAGUAGCUUUGACUGUGAGCUUUACCUACUGUAGGUAAUCAGGGUGAAGUAAAAUUGGGCUGGCUCUUUAUUAUGUGAAUGCUUUUGACUGCCAGAAAGCCACAAAGAGGUGCGUGAUAGGUCAUGUUUAUUGUGGAGGUGUCAGCAAGUCCCCACAACCACACUGGGCUGGUAUAAUAACCAUAUAAUUCAAGUAGUCAGUCCCUUUCUACGUCGCAACACAGAGAAGAAACUGUCCAUCAUGAGCUGCAGAUUUCCUUUUUAAUGUGUCUUUUCAAGUGAUGCUGGCCACUUGGGCCUUUGCAUUCCAGUUUCAUGCAUGGCGCUUUCAUUACAUUACAAUUUUGAGAGCACUUUGAGGGCUGUUUAAGCAGUGUUUAAAAGGAAACUAGUGGAAUUACUCUUAACCGAGUGGAACAGAGGGUCAGGACCUGAGUCGUAUACCACCAAUGAUAUGGCCGUGCCUCAGUACAGGCUCUAACAAUAUGCCUAGCAGUCAGUAGUUAAUGAUGAGUAUUGGAUGGAAUGACAUUAUCUGCUUAGUGCUCACUGCCACAUAAUGUGCUACCUGGGCCAGAGGCACAAUCUGUGCUCAUACCUAGAUAGGACCCCAGCUGUGUGCUCCAGAGAGAUAGCAAACCACAAAAGUAGCCAUGACCGAAAUGCUGAUAAUAGAAUCAGUGACAUUUGAUGUGUUAGUUUAAUCCCCCCACUCUGAGACUCCAUCGCUUUAUUUAUCAAUCCAUUCUGUGGAUUUGCUCCACCUCGGCUGGGAGGAGUCUGGGUUUGGGGCUGGAGGUGGUGCCUUCCACUUGAUUGAUGUGUUAUUCAUACAAAACAUGUCUUUGUAAAUUUUUUAUACAUUAUCUGUCCUCAAUGGAAGACAUGCAAAUGUACCCUUAAGUCUGGGGAACUAAAUGCAUGAAGUAUAUUUAUCUCACAGAGAAUUUCUGACAUUUUUUAAAUUUUCAGGUCCCAUAAUCUCUCAGACAUGUGGUUACUUCCUCUGAUGUAUCUUGAGCAGAAAAGAAAAACUUCAAGAUCCAGAAUCAAUGUGAAGUUUGUGAACAGUUACAGUGAAUCUGACCCCAAUUUAUAUUUCUCUCUUUGUGCAGUUGCAAGAAGACGAUGUAGUGCGGUAGAGGCAAAAGAAAAUAAUAUAGCUGUUUUGUUGACAGGUUCCUUAUAUAUAGAACUGUAAGAUGGUUUUGGAAUAUAUGUUAUUGGCUGUAAAUAUAUACAGUAUUUACCGUUGAAUUUAAUUAUCUUUUGAUAUGAAGAAGUCACCCUAAAAAUACUCUGCAGGUUUACACUAUAAGUAACAUUAAAUGACAGACACCGUAUUUAUUCAUUUUUUCAUCAAAAUAUGGUAAAACAUGUUGAAGCUUUAUUCUUUUCUUUUUUAUUCAGUUUGCUACAAUUCUUCAUAACUCUGGGAAAUCUGACCCUCUGCAAACCAAAGCAGUCUUUGUGUUGUGCUUGUUUGUAAGAAUAACAAAGAAAUGCAAACUAAAGUUGAACCAGUUGAAACUGUGACAUGUUACAUGUCCCCGUCCAACCGCGACCCUGCAUACCAUGCUGGCUGCUCCAUAUGAAACUCUAAAUGGACAACUAAAGGGAGCGGUACAGCUCACUAUUGGUCGAGUAUCAUACUUUGACUUCUCAUUUAACUGUAUUUUUUAAUUAUGAUUUUUAUCUGUUCUUACACUUAAAGUUCAGAGUCCUCUGCAUUAUUGUUUUCUGUUAAAUAUUGCAGUUUGAGUUUUUGCAAUUUUAGUUGUUUACUUUGAAAAACCUUGUUUAAAUUUUCUCUUUUCUUAAAUACAGGUUUUUUUUUUAUCAGAAUAUCUUUUAUAUGACCCAAUCAGUGCUUUUCAUUCUGAAUAUGAUGAUGAACUUUUUUAAGAAAUAGAAAUAAUCACCAUAGACAUGAUUAUUAUAGACAUGGUGUUAUUUAAGUUAUAAUUUGAACUCAUAUCAAGGAACUUGUUGGGCUGUUUCCAGAGGAUGUUAAAAGUUGUUAGAUAAUAAAAUAGAUUCUGAAUUCAAGUGUUUUCAGCUAGUUAAGUAGCUGCUGAUGAAAGUCCUGAUAGUAGUGCGCCCUCUCACAACCUUCUCAUCUCUGAUUCAGAGUAGCUCAUGCGCAGUACCAUGCAGUCAGGGAGGUAUUAUUGAAGCACAGGAGCUUUACUUCUAACAUCAGGAAAACAUUAAAAAACUUCUUGGAUCAACAGCUAGCAUACAGUUUGAGAUUCUUUUCAAUGCAUAAAAAAAAGAUCAACAAUAAGCGUUGUUUUAUCACUGCUGCCCUACAACUAAAUCUUUCACUAAUGAGCAGAGCAGCAGAAACAGAGAAAAGGGAUAGGCUGAAUAUGAAAAAUCAAUGAACUAGCUGUAUGACAGAGGCUAGAUAUCAUAGGCUGCUACUGUACGUACAGUGUGAGCUUGUUUUAGCUGCCUGAGAUUACUCUGCUUCUGUGCUAUUACUCGGCUUUCUUCAUUGAAUUGACUUCAGAGCAGGCUGUUUUCAGAUGCCUCUCCAAGUUCUACCACAUGCCAUGAUUAAUUCAGCCGUAAUGUAUGUUAAUGUAUGUUAAUCUGUGUCACUGAUAUGCUAAUGAACACCUUACUCCCACAAUCCAACUUGUCCAUGCUGGCAACGCACACUCAUUGAAGGAAUAGCCAUUUUGAAAUUCAGAGGACGGAUCGUCAGUACACAUUGUGAUUUUACUGUACAGGGCGGUGCUGCUUUGUGAGUUGUUUUCUCCUGGCAAACAUGCAGUUUAUAAUGUAGUCCAGUAUUUCUGGAGAAUUAUUGAAGUACAUUACAACAAGCUUAUAGGAGCAGGAUUAAAUUUAUGUUAUACAAGUGCUGAUAGGGCUUUCUCUCUUGUUUUGAAUGUAAAACUCUAACAGAAUUAGGAAAUCAGCCUUUUCUGCAUUCACUAUUAUGUCGUUUUCAAUGUCUUUUAAGAAACAAAGAUUUGUUUUGGACUUGGUAUGUCAUAAAACAAUAACAAAAAGAAAAAAAUACACAUUGAAAACAUGAAGAAAGUACAUCUACAUAGGUGUUUUCAAGGCUGAAAAGUGUUUUUUAUGAGUGUUACAUUCCUCCCAAUAUGAUCUCUAUAUUAACAGUAGAUGGCACCAAGUCAUCAUGAUGUAAAGGCUGAGAUUGAACUCAAAUAUUAUUUUGGCUCCACACUCACUGUGAGAAAUUGGGUUACUGGAGGAAAAGGAAACGUACCUAAAUCCACGGAAUAAAGCAUAUUUUGGGUAUUUUUGUGUAUUACACAUCUUCAAAGAGAGCUGAAGACAUGAUACCCUGGUGAAGUGUAGAUCAUUUUGAAUACAACCAACCUCCCCACCCAAAAAAAAAAAAAACAAGAAAAAAACUGAGUGUAAUCACAUCAGUCUGAUUCAGUUUGGGAGCUAACGGUGCUGAUAUUAUUAUCACACAGGUGAUGCUAAUGAAAGCUGAAAGCUCAUUGCGUGUGUUGUUCCUUUUGUUGAGUGUGCGCUGCUCACUCGAAUGGCUGCAGAGGUGUUUACAACAACAUCAGAAUACAAUUCCUGUACAACAUGUUGCAGCAUCAACCAGUAGAAAUGUCAGGGACAGAGUGGAGGUUUGUGUUUGCUGGAGAUAGCUCUCUUUGAACCUUGACCUCCAGUCUUCUUGGCUGCUAUUACUUGCUGUACUUUAAGAGGCCUGAAUGCCUUGCUGACAUCUGGUUGACAUUUUUCAGCCGUGAUGCAUGUUGUAAGAGGGGAAAAAAGGACACUAAGAAAACCCCUUCAACACCUCCGCACAGCACCUAUUUGUUGUCCUUUUACCUUCAAGUUCACGGUCAUGUUACCUUGUCUGGACGUGGAUGCUGCCAUCCAUGUAUAAACUACUCUGGAAUUAGUCAUUUUCAGGCCAACACUCCAGUGAAUAUUUCAUGAUUCCAUUCCACUCUGUUUGUCUUGCUUUGUGACAAUCAAGCCGUCUGAAAACAUUCAUCAAUUAUUCACUUUUGCUCAACAGGCUCAUCAAAAUUUACCAGAAUGGUCAAAUGAAGAGACACCUGGUAAUACAGGGGAAAGGCUGUCGAACAUUUUUGUUUUCAUAAUUAAGUUUUUCAGCAAGACGUGGAAACACGGGAAUUAAUGAGGACAAGAUACAAGAUGUUUGAUGAUAUUGUUGGAUCAGGGGCACAAUAAGAGAGCAGGAAAUUACAGGAGGGAGGAGAGCAUUCAAGGUGAGGAUUGGACUCAUAUUAGUUUACUCUGGUGUAAUCCGCACGUAACACAGCCAUCAUUUUCUUUGUAUUUUUUUUACAUCUUACAUUCAAGAUUUUAAAAUUGUAAUGUGAAAGUAAAGAUAUUAUUUAUUUUAAAUUAACUAUAGAAGUGAAGUUUAUCUUUGACUUAUGUUGUAAUGAUUUCUUUGAGGGAAACAGUCAGUACAUCCGUAUAAGUAAUAGGGGUGGGAAUCACAAGUGGCCCGAUGAUACGAUAUUGUCAUGAUACUUGGGCCACGAUACGAUAUUAUCACGAUACUUGGGCCACGAUACUAGAGACGCACCAAUACUUUUUUUUCGGAUCCGAUCCAAUACCGAUACCUGGGCUGAGCCUAUCGGUCGAUAUUCGAUGCGGAUCCAAUGCUAAUGUUGAAUGAAUGAACUGUAUACCUUGCCCUGUGAGUGAAGGCAUCAGGCAUGACAUUAGCCUUGUUAAAAAAAGGAAACAAAUUAACACAGAUAUAAAUUUGCGAAAUGUUAUUUAUUAACAAAUAACAAAUUGCACAUUAGCACACAGCAAAAAGAAGUAAGACUUCCAUGUAUUAAUAGAAAAAUUUAGUCAUUCAUUUGAUACCUGAUCCAGUUUAUUUUUCAAUAUCGAAGCCGAUAUCCGAUCCAAAUAUCGGAUUGGUGCAUCCCUACAUGAUACGAUAUAAUUGAGAUUUUUAACAUUUUCCAAUACAGUGAGUAUUGCAAUACAAUAUAUUUCGAUUUAGAUAUUUCUUUCAACUGUUUAGCUAAUUUAGCAUUUGGCUUUCCUUUAUUUUUGUCUUAUCUACACUCCAUUUUAUUUGCGUGUAGCACAUCUUGCAAACCUUUUAUAAAUUUGUCGUACUAACUCUCUGCUGAUCUGUGAUGUCACCUCUGCCAACCUCACUGGACAAACAGUUGAUUUUGUUUUUCCAUUGUUAUAGAUUUAACUUUAAAUAAGCAUUUAAUUUGAAAAAUCGAUACUUGGUGAUGAGACGAUACGAUAUUUCACCAGAUGAAAUAUCGCGAUACAGUGCUGUAUCAAUUCUUUUCCCAUCCCUAAUAAGUAAAUGACUAUAUAUGACUAAACAAGGAUAAUUUCAUUAAAUAUUAGAACUGAAGCAAAACUAUUUGUGUCUAUAUGUUUUCAGUAUCCACGCAGAGUCAUAAUUGGCAACACAGAAUCACCACUUUCGUAAACUUUAUCUCCCAAGUCCAUAUUUAUACAAUUUAUUUUGGCAUAAGAUACAAAUUUUCUUUACUUUUCAUAUCUCCUAAUCAACUUUUUUCACUCAUCCAAUUAUUAAUGAUCAGGAUGUCCAUUCGUUAAGUCAGCGUUGUGAAAGAUAAUGACAUGUUGAAAAUAAAUGAGCCCACUCAUAAUCAUGCCUAAUCUGCCAUUGCAGCCCUUCUCGAGACAGACAUUAAUCAGGUUUGAAUCCAGAGGGAUACUUUAUUUGCGAUGCCUCGGGGAUACAGUGAGUGCAGACACUUAAGCCAGAUUCGAGCUGCUCUGACUUUAAUACAAUGACCACUAAUUGCUAAUUAUGAGAGCCUCUGAUGGGCAGAAGAAGAGUGUGUUCAACCUAUUAUUGUUUAUUCCUCAUUAUGUUGAGCUCUGUGCUAAUGAUUCCAUUUUAUUCACAGUACAUACACUGAACAGUUUACCUACUGUCAUGAGCAGCACAUGCACUGUGCCGGAUAUAGUGACUGCACAUGGGUCAAGACUGCAGGAAAACAAAGCUUUAAAAACGGUGCUGUUUCAUAGUCUUAAUUGAAUUUAAACGAUUGUUUGCUUAGAGGGCCAUAAAGUCCCUCGACGAAAUGUCUCUAGAAUGGAGCCAUAACAUCCAGCGAAGUCUUUAAAACAGUCAAGGAGACAUAACAACAAAUCUCUGAGCAGCUCAACUGUAAAAACUAAUUGUUAUUGUUUGUGGAAAACUCCUCUCCAAAGCCAUUCAGCGUUGAAUCAAGACAAGAUCUAAGCAAAUAUACAUAAUGUGGUUUUAUAGCUAAGUUGUGUUCCUGCAAUUCCCAAAUGGUCACCCUCAGGAUACAAACUGAAGAUUGCACCGCAGCAGGGCUGCUAAUGACUUUAAUAGUUUCUGGCGUUGUGAAAGUACUGCUCAGCAACCAGCACUGAUCAUACAAUCUAAGUUUGAGGACAUGCAGUGCAGACAAUCAUUGUAUAUUGAGGCCUUAAUACACAGAUUCUACAGUAGGUCUCUGCCACAUGUUGUUCCCAGGGCGCUGUGGGGCUGAUAAUACAGCAGAUCACCCUCGCAGGGCCACUUUUUAGACUUUCUAGUGCAACAUCAUCAUUAAUGACUUCUAAACCUGUCAUCAGUUUCAAGCAGAGCAUUUGUAAUCUGCCUUUUACAUAUUACAAGCUCAUGUAAAAGUCAUUAAUUCUCAUAGAAAGAAACUAUCAUGCUUCAAUGAUGUGGAGAAAGUUUUAGGUCCUCCUUGAUUUCAGCGUUGAAUUUUUACUUACUCUUUUACCCGCUUAAAGGAGGUUUUUUAAAGGAAAUAAGGGAGACGUGAAGACACAUGAGCAAAGGUAGGCACAUGAAGACAAUCCCUCGGAAUCGAACUAAGCUAAUAAAACAAUAUGUCAUAAAAGUAAUAAUCCUACUACCUUGAACCCCUGAUUAUGAGCCUCAGAUUUCCUUUGUCACAACAUGGUGCAGUUACAUAAGAGCAUUUGCAGUUUUGAUGUUCAGAGCAAGUGAUUUCUUUGCAGGCAUAUGAGCUCCAGCUCAUUUAUUAAAGUAGGGCACCCCUGCGCAGCCUGUCGAUCCGCUCUGCAGUGUUAUUGUACAGUACGAGAAGCGUGACGUGACAGGAAUAGCAAUUUGUUUCGAGGAGGCAUUUGGCUCUUCCUGUGAUUGACAGUAACUUCUGAUUGGGUGUAUCGCUUCGUGCUUCUGUAUGCUGUUUGUACUGAAGGGCAUCUGCUGGGUUUUUAUGGGGAAUGCUCUCAGGUCAUUGUUGUCACGUUAAUACAAGAGACACUCACUAAUGAGAACUCAGGCAAGGUGAACAGCAGCGUAUCAACUUGUGAUCUGCUAUACAAGAUACAGUGUGUUGGUUUAAUCUGAAGUGUCCUCCACACCGUAGAUAGAUAUAUUCACGAUGAAAGGUGAAGAGAAGUGUUCAUGAAGGUCUCCUCUCUGAUGAGGAUUUUGUGUCUGUAGUUUUUAUAAGAUUUCAUCGACAGUGGGCAGGGAAUUUAAGGAAACAACCCAACAACUGACAUCAGCCUCUGUUUUACAUUGGGCUCAAUCCUGAUUGGUGUUCUGAAUAUGUGACACCACUUCUGUAUAGCCCCGCCCACCCCAAUUUGAUCCAAAAAACACAGAGGCUAGAAAAAAGGGUAUAAACUAGGAUCUCGUUCAAGAAGGAAUCAAAACUGGUGCAGCUUUUACAAAUAAUAUAUAUAUAUAUAUAUAUAUAUAUAUAUAUAUAUAUACAUUUUUUUUUUUUGUAAACAGUCUCGCUUACAGAAGGGGGAGAUUAAAAAAAAAAAAAAGGUUUUCAGGCCAUGAAAAAGUUGUUAAAUGCAGGUUCAAGAAUGAAGGUGCUUGUUUGUGCAUUUGAAUCUCCACUCGAUCAUUUCAGUCUUGUGGCUUUAAAACCUCUGCACUCCUCUCAUUCUGCUCAAAGCAGGAUCAAAUGAUAAGGUUAGCUCUGCAUUUGAAAAAGUGAAUUUCUUGUGCGCUUCUUUUUGUAUGACCACUUGUCCGAAAAGACUAAAUCCACAGCACGUGUAAAGCCCAGGGACUGUCUCAAUAGAUAAAGUUUCACCUGACCUAUAUGUUGCAUUCAACUGGCCAGGGAGCGAGGCUAAUCUAAGUACGCAGAGUUGAUAUUUGUUUCACCCCUGGCUGUUGUGUGGAUCCUAAAUUAUACAUCUUUAGCUGCACUUGCUCUUUGUUGUCAAGGCAAUAUCGCCCCGUCAGUGGUCACACAGGGUCAGAACCCCUUUUUCUUCUUUUACACUGCAGUCUGUACAUAUUAAUAGGUUUCCAAAACCUGUUCUGUGACUUCAUUUGUCAUUUUUCUGCUUUUUGUAAUAUGUUUUCUUGCAAAAGUAUUUCCGAUGUCAGAUUUCAAGAUGAUGACAGGGUGCUCUUAGACCACACUUCUGUGUUUCAAUAGUUGGGAGAAACGGUUUUACUACUUUAGUGCUCUAUUAUUACUUUUUCAUGAAGUAAAAUAAUUUAUUCAAGUUUCUUAAUUUGUCAGAAGCCUGACUGAAAGUUGCAGGGGUUUAUUUCAUAUGGCAUUUACAGCACAGAGAGAUACAGUAUCUCAUAUCAUCCGUCCAUCCAUCAUUCAUUUUUUAUAGGGUUGCUUCAGGGUGAGGAAUAAAAAAGAAACGAACUCAACGGCACUUUGGUUUUCUUCAUUUGGUGUCAUCAAAAGGAGUCAUUUUUGUAUCAAGUUUGCAGCGGCUAUAAUUUGAUUGAAUCCCUGCCACCAGCUCAACCAUUACGCUCCAAAAACACCUCUGUUCUCCUGUACUCUUUCAUUUUUGACAUUCCAAUUAUCUUUGCAUCAAUCAUUAAAACCUAUUAACAUUUCAUGUGUUUUUUUAUGGAUUAUCUUAUAUUGCACUUCUAGUCUUAAUGCUAAAGAUUUUUUUUCCGCCUGAAUGAAAAUUUAACUGCUCAUUAUAUUUGACUCUGCGUGUCACUUUAUCAUGCAACAUCCAAAUGGACUCCCCCUAUCAUCCCUUUUGAUUGAGGUUAUAGCAGGAUGUGGUGUUUUAUUACGUGCAGGUUUAAUUAAAAUUUAAUUACACUUUGUGCUUUUUAUCAACUUUUAAAGACAAAAAGUUACUUUAAGAGUUAGUUGUGAUUGAUGAGUGGUACUCUUUUUUGUUUUAAGGUUAUUUUCAAAACACAGAGGUCAUCAGUUGUGUCUUUUUAUGGGCUGAUUUAACAUCCAUGCAGGAGUAUUGUGGAAGGUUUUGGCAAACAGUAUCCUGGAGUGUUUAGAUUAAAAUCAAAAACGUGUCCUUUUCAGCACCUAUUUUUAUAAUUAGUGACUUGAAAAAGCACAAAUGAUAAGGGCAAAAUUCUAUGCAGGAACAAACUUUUUGAAUUUACUUUAAAAUUUUAAGUUCAAACUUUAGUAAAUUUAUUAGUUUGUUACCAAGUCCAAAAUGUGUCAGAAAAUUCAAUAAAAAGUUCUGAGAAGUAGUUCACUGUUUUCUCAUAUACCAAUCAGCGUUUUCCCAGUCUCAUUUCACAACAGUAUUAAGCAUUUAAAAUCAGGGUAUCUUCACAUUUUAGAGGCUGUUUUGAAAUUGUGUGUUUGAAGACAAAAAAAUAGAAUAAAUAAAGAUGUUUGUUAUUCGCCCCCAAAUUGAUAAAUUCAGUGAACACUGUAGCGCCAGAGUAAAUAUGUCAAACCUGUGUAUAACCAAGUCUAAGCAUCGGUGACACCAUAUGUGAAAUAUCCUCCACCACGCCAGUCUGUAAUACUUGCAGAUUGACUGGCUUCAUUUGCACCCCAGGGUUUAUCAGGCACAUUUUCAGUCCUCAUUCCCCUCAAAAGCUGUCACUCUUUGGGUGACUUUGGAAAGAAACCCCACGGUAAGAUUAAUUACAGCCAGGAAGCGGAUCAGUGCUGACUAACUAGCUCACAGUGGCUUUUAACGGCCUCAGACCUCCGUAACAACAGGAACCUGUAACUCAAUACCCAAUCCAUUAAGUGCAGAACUUAAGAUGGACAACACUUCCACUAACUCCACUGAAUGAACCUGAUAGGAUUAUAUUUGUCAGCAUAGGAUCAGUGUCAGACUCAGACCUGGGUCUAAAAGUCAGGAUAGAGGUACAUGAGACAGCGGUUUAUGUUUGCUGCUCUACCAGGGAAAGAAAAGUUACAGUCAGAAAUAUUUGAGCUGAAGUGCAAAAUAUUGAAAUGAAGAGGAGGUUUUGCAUGUCGUGUGUAGUGUUAUCGCAGCUUCUUUGAGUUAAAUGUGGCUAAAUUUGCUCGAACACCAUGUUGACCUUAAGACGUUUCAUUUUGAAAGAGGGAUCUACUUAGAUUCAGGGUCUAGCAUUUGAAGUGCCAGUAUUUAUUCAUAAGUUACCAGCUCCACAUUACUGUUCAAGGAGUGUUCCCCUCAUGACUCAGACCAACUGUGACUCACAACUACAGUGCCAGAGGGAUGAAAAUUGAGAGACUCUGUGAUUGUCUGCACAUAAAGUGGUGCAGAAGUAGACCAAGUUAUUAAACGAUUAAAGCAGAGUCGUGCAUUAACAUCCAGAGAAAAUCUUGUCAUGGUCCUGCGAGUGGCUGCUUCCAAGAGAUUGAGAGAUUGGCAGGACUGUAUGAGUUGUACUGUUUGAAUUUAACUAACAUUGCCUAAUAAUUCACUGAAGGUUAUUUCUGUUCUGAUGGUAUUAACGUAAAUACCGAUACCACAAAUAUGUGAUUCAUGCUUGACUACAUUUCAGUUUAGAUCUCAAGGAUAUUAAAAAUACAUAUUAUUUAGAAGCUUUUAAAAACAAUGCACCUUGUCUUAAUGUUUUCUGUUAUUAUUAUUUUUGGAUAGAAUCUUAUUUUCUUCAUGAAAAUAAGAAGUUGUCUUUGAAAAAUAAAAAAUGAAUUUUAAAAUGAGGAAUUGUUUUGAUCAGGAUCAUCUCAUAUUCAGUCCAGUAUGGCAUUAGAAGAACUCAGACAAGUUCGGCCAAAGUAUCGCCCUGAAAUUUCAAUGAAAUUUUUAUAUUCCACUAUUUUUAAGGACUAAAAUGUUCUUUUUGGCCAAUUUCAAGAGUUACAAUGUUAGUUUUUCUCAUACAAAACACAAUACAACCUUUUUUAUCAAACAAGCCUUUAAUAAGGGAUUUUUUUUUGCUGCACUGGUUUGAAGUAGUGAGCAGAGUGCGAAAAAUGACGGGACCAGAUCUCUGUAGUUGCCUAUUUUCUUCACUGCAGCUAAAACAAAACUACAUUUUUUCCCUCUAGAAACAUCCUUUCAGGUCCAUGACGGUAUCGAAACACUUUUAUUCUCUCCUAAUUAUAAAACUGACACACAAUAACUGAAUCACUUCCUGUUUGCGUGCAUUAAAUUACUUUAGCUGACACCUGGUUGCAGCAGUAACAGACGCUAAAAGUAACUAUAUAGAAAAUCAUUUUUCCCUCUGGUUGUCAGGUUUGCUUUUGUAGGUCAUAUGGAAUCAUCAGUAUCACUUUCAGUUUCUUUUUUAACCUAAAAACCUGCUGGAGCUUUAGCUAAAUAUAAAAUCAUGAUACUUUUGCAGCUACUGUAAGAUGUGAGAGCAGAGGUAGAAAGGGAAAAGCAGCACCAUCUGGAGAUGAUACAUCCGUACGCUUUGAUAUAGGCUGACAAGAGUUUUUUUAUGUCAGUACUUGCAGGUGUGGGUACAUUUUUUUUCCUCUCUUGCUCACUCAUGUUAUUAGUCUUUCUUUGGAUCACUUACCACCUUUAAUUUUCUCUCAUGCAUACUUUUCCCCUCACACACGUACCUGCACUCUUCCACUUCUGUAACCAACAGCCUGAGUUAAAGAAAGGCUACAGAGGCCUUUAACUAAAAAAAGGAGCAAGUUACAAACUGUUGCACUCAGAUACUUGAGGAUACUUUUAACAUAUCCUGGGAGUAAAUAAAGAAAGCAAGUAAAAACUGAAUGAGAUUGAAAUGAGGUCCUUGGGAAAAGAGAACAGCGUUUUAUAGUUGCGUAAUGAAAAAAACAGUGCGAUGCCAGUCAAAGAGAUUGAUUUCCAUGUUCACAGGGGGGUCAGCUUACAUAUCAAAGACGCUGUGAUGUGAUUUUGAUUAUGACUGCUUCAGUGCCACCCUACUGUGAUGAUAUUUUUGGUUGCUGUCUCAGACAUUUGAAAUUACUUAAACAACAAAAUGAGCUGACAGACAGGCAUUUGAAGGAGCAGAUGGAGGAUUAAGAGCCGUUUCUUAAUGAGUUACCUUUCAAUUUAGACUUGAGUAAUAAGUGGAUGUGCGGCAUUUAGAGUUCACAAAAGUUCUUGCGUAACCACAGAGCAAUGGUAGUGUUUAUGAGAUUAAUGAAAGGGCAGUGGUGUUCACGGUUUCCUCCACUGUAUUAUAACCAGAGACCUCUGUCAAUGCUACUGCAAAGACAUCCAAUUAAAAUCAGAAAAUAUGGCCUUUGAGCUGGAGGUUACCCCUCCCAGGGGUGUUGGGCAAAAGAUUGUACAUGGACAAAUGUCCAUGAGUGGAAAUAUACUUACCCUUGACUGUGUAAGGUAAAUCUGAUGGUUCGGUUGUGAGAGUCGAAGUAAUUGCAGAGCCUGUUGGCAACUUUUUAAUCUUCUGGUUGUUGCUUCUAUAUCGUUGUGCAGUUUUAUAUGACAGCAACAUACUUUGAUUAAAAAUGAAUUAAAAAUUGAAAAGUCUCUUGAGAUAGAAUGAUAUUCCAUUUAUUCUUCUCUGAUUAAUAUUAUUAAUACAUUUUUUCAUAUUAAGACCCUCUAUUAUUUCUUCUUUCCAUCUCUACGUGUUUCUCUCUCUUUCUCUCUCUCCCUUUCUGUCUGUCAAUCUAUCUAAAUCCUUUUCCGUCUGUCUGUCUGUCUGUUUUGUCCAUCACUGCCAAAUUCCCCCAGAUCCAUUUUUUGGUCUGUCUCCGCUCUGCCACGGCAGCCAAGCUGAAAGGUUUACAUCUUAAUCAAUAGGUUAACAUCCGCAGAGAUGCGUCUCUGCUCAGUCUCAGCUCCACUAAUCUAGAGCCCUCUGCUGCAGAUACGCACGGCUUCUUUUUUUUUCUGCUGGGCGCCCAGAGCAUGACACAUCAAUCGCUACAGGGCAGAUAGAGGAAGAGUGGAAAUCAGACAUUGAAACAACUUUAAAAUAUCUGCUUAGUUUUUAAAGAAAAACACAGUUUUGGCACAUGAUUUUAUUUUACUCAACUGCACCCAAAAAAAUUAAUAAAUAAAACAUGAGAGUGAGCAGAGCUUGGCCUGAAGUCAACAGGUAAGUGGUUCUCAGAAAUCAUUCUGAAUGUAGAAAACUGAUUCUGUAUUUAACGUGGGUAAUCCUUGGUCUCCUGAAUCCAGCUGACCGGUGGCGCUGCUCCGUGCUUCGCUCUGAGAAUGAGGCGUGGUGGGUGUUGACAGAUGAGAGAGCAUGGUGCAGUAUGCAAUUUGUGGGGUAUACACGCUUGCCGUGAUGAAUUAAAAAUCCCAUUGUGUGUUUUAGUCUAUAUAAAUUAUUGAUAGACGCAUGCUGCAAUGAGAAACUGCCUCAUCACUGCUUCAGUACAUGAUUUCCACCUGACACCCCAAAAAGUGGCACAAGUCCCUCCACACAGACUUGCCAACUGUGCGCACUGAUUACAAAUCCAUACCCAUGGGUUUGUAGAUGCCUUGUCCUCCUACAGAGUCUUUCAGAUGACACUGAUCUAUGGCAGCAGCAGCAUAUGCUGAGGCUAUUUGCCAACUGCAUCCAAACAAAAGAAGUAGACAAGCUGAGUGCAUCAUAUUAACGGGUUUUAUGCUGUGUUCCAGUUAUGUCGGAUUUCGAAGCUGGGAAUGAUGUUACACCCGGGUUGAUGGUGUUCCAGUAAACGAGUUGUAAAACCAAGAUGGACGCCUACAGUUAGCUGUUGUUUACGAUUGUCAGCUGUCAUUAUACGUUGUCAGUUGUUGCUAGCGGUUGUUAGCUAUUAGUUGUUGUCAGCUGUUGUUAGUUGUUGUUAGCUAUACCAGUUGUAAACAACACAUAACACAAUAUUUUACUCUUACAAACACUAUAGCACAGUUAGAUGUUGGGCAGUACAACAUGUUCUGCUUAUUUAAUUUCACAAAAACAAAAAAGAAGUGCUAAUAAAUAAUACAUUAUGAGAGCUUUCACUGUUACUCUUUACUGUUGAUGCGCUGCGCUGCCAUCUUGGAAUAUGAUGUUGUCAAGUCAAGGGUCUUCCUCAAUGACAGGUCACUAGUCAGACAAAAACACGCCUCUUUCUGCUGAAAAUGAGCAACUUUAAUGAAAUCAGAUAUCUGAGUUUGGAGCCGUAUUUACUUGCAAGUGACCCACACAAUCCACUGAAGGCUUCUUAAAGUCGCCCUGUCCACAGUCACUUUCCUCACACAGGAGUGCCACAUGACAUUUAAAAACACUGAAGCUCACUGCUACUUGGCUAUAGGAUGGGUUAAUGAUCCCAAAGUUUGUUAUAUGGAGAUGAAGAAACUUGUCUUUUACUGAGUGGUUAUAGGACUACAUAGCUGGUGGUUGAACUAAUAGAUUUGUUGAGUUAAGCUUGCAUUUGUGUUGUCACCUGCUGGCAAAGCCUUCACAAAGCCUCAUUGUGACCCCAACUCACCCUGUGGCGGUUCUCCUGUUUGUCUGUCAGGGUGUGUUUUUUUUUUUUUUCCCCCAUUGUCACUGUCUCCUGACGAGACUACCUGCCUCUCUGCCCACAUUUUUGUUUGUCUUUAACUAUUUCCAUGCUUCUGCUUCCCUUUUGUGGUGGAGGUAAAAAGUUGCCAACCAUGAGUCAUGUCUAGGGGUGUCCCAAUACAACUUUUUUAGCUCUGAUACAAUACCGAUAUUGUAGCCUUUAGUAUUUUCCGAUACCGAUAUUGAUCUGAUAUUAGCACAAACUUGUGCAUGACAAGUUUACUACUCAGCUGCAGCGUCUUUUUCAGACUUUAAUGGAAAACACAGCCACGGGGCCGACAUCACUCUUACUCCUUGGUACUUUGUUAGUACCUUAGUACACACUGUUGUUGUGAUCCCAUGGGCUCUACAUGCUGGAUCAGGGUAAUGCUAGAUAGAGGUGCUGGAUCGGAGUCUGGAAUGGACUGCUUGUAUCAGAGUGCUGAUAUUGGAGAUUUUAGAUGCAGGCUGAAAUAAUCUGAUAGAUAUCUGAUUCUGGACUAAGGCUGCACGAUAUUGGAAAAAACAAACAUUGCAAUUUUUUUCAACCAUGCGAUAUAUAUUGCGAUAUUAAAAAAUACAGGAAUUUUCACCAGAUGACCUGAAUAGCACUCUAUGCUAUGCUGCACUGCUGAAAUCUUGAGGACAUUUAACCUGCACUCAUCAUACCUCUUUUUUUGAAUGUUAGUGGAGUGGCUUCUGUCUGUCUUAAGAUAUUUUUAGCUUGCUUUUAUUGUGCUGAGACAUUAUUGAGGCAACACAUUAAGGCACUGCCGACAAAGAGCACGUGUUCAGUCGACAUUGACCUUUUUGUAACCGAAAUGAUUCCAGACAACUGACUUUCCCUUUCUUUUUGGCAGCAAGUUUUAAUUUUUGGUGGUUUUCUUUUGUUCGUUGCUCAUUUUGCAAUUGUUGUUGUUACCGUUGUCGCGCCGAGAAACGCAUGUCCUCCGUGAAUUGCGUGCGCCUCACGUUUUUCAUGCUACUGUGACAGGGUGCCUGACCAUUGGUGAGCCACUAAAUAUGAUAACAAAAGGCACAACUGGAUCUGUGCGAUAUAUUAAAUGAUCUGGUGCCAAUAAAAGCAGAAAUUGUUGGUUUGAUUUAAGGUGGAAAUAUAGAUAAUUAACAACUUCUUCUGUAGAAUUUAAAAUACUGUAUGUAAGACAUCCAUGAAGAAAAAAGGGGAAAAACUCCACAGCUGCAUGAGUAUAUUCCAGUGUCUUUUAUGAUUGAGUUGCUUCUAAUGAUUCAUAGUGUUAGAUGCAAGCAUGUGUGUAUAAUUUAUCACAUCAAAUUAAGUUGAAGUCAUUAUUGAGAUUGAUCAUUUGGAAAAGGGGGGUCACUAUAAAUCACUGCAGCUGUCUCAAAACUCUCAGCCAUAAUGGUUAUGGUUAAAUACCCAGUACAUUCCAACAGUAAACUGACCGACAUUUGGUCUGCUCGUGCUUUACACCUUGUCUGUAUUAGUUCAGCUUUGCCUCCCUGCCUGUAAUUACUGCCCCCAUCUAAAUGGGCUUAGCAGGCUGGUGUGAAGGAGUCCCAGUGGGGCCCAGCGUGGGUCCUUUCAGCCUUGUAUAUUCCAGCCAUGCCAUUUCAAAAAAAUGUAUUACCGCCUUGCAGCUCUGGUAAAUGUCAUGCCAUUCUCUCCUGUGUGGGAGGAAUCGCAGCUUCGGCGGUGGUCAAAGAACCCCAGCCCUCAAACCAACAGGAGGCUGGGCAUUUUGAGGAAUGGGGAUAGAUGAACAAACAAUACGUCUUGCUCUACUUUUUGGAGAGGGGGGGACUGAAGUGAGCGAGAGAGAGAGAGAGAGAUACAGAGAGAGAGAGAGAGAGUGGCGGUAACACGGAAAAGAUGAAACAGAAUGUCCUGAAUGUGUUCACAGAGGAGAGGCAGAACAUGCUCGACAUUAAAAUUCACCUGUGGUCCUCUUUUAUUGGGUGUCAGCUGUGUUAGGUCAAUUUUUAUUAUGCUGGAUGCUGACCUUGUUUCAUGGACUCUGCAUUUAUACAUAUUUUGAACAGAAAGGCCUCUGAAAAGUCUUGGCUUUGCAGAGUAAAACCAUUUUUGCAACAUUUACUCUGUAAUGUUAAAUGGGGAUUGUACAGAGGGACAGUACAAGGGUUUGUUUUGAUGCAGUUAGUCUCAGAUUUUUAUUGAACAUUUUGGCUCGGGCAAGAAACUCAUAGUUUAAUCAAAGGUUAGCGCUGUGUUGUGUGCCAUGUAGAUGUUCAACGAUUUUAUACAGAAUUAACCAAAAGUAGUUUAUAAAUGUGUGGAUAUUGCCUAAAAGUAGUCAUAUUUAAGCCUCUACAAAGGAACAGAUGAAACAGACUGUCACUCAAACUUUGCAUGCACAUUUUGCAACCUUUCUCAGCGAUGCAGAUAAAAACGUAAUUGGGACAGCUUAAUUUUUUUUUCCCCUAAUGUUGGUCAGGAAAUGGGACAAUCUUGAUUAUGUGAUGACGCCACUUUUCAAAUGCCUGUCCUUGUCAAAAGUCUUUCUGAAGCUACAAAACAGUUUCAGAUGAGUCUCUGAGAUACUAUUAGUUCAAGGAGGAGAUAAUUCUCAACAACAUCGCCACAGCCUUUUCUCUCGUAAAGGUGAAACACGAAAUGCUUUGGCGGAACAUAAACGCUGCGUUUGUUUGCGGCGCUUAUCUAUCAGUCACAUGCUUGCACGCUCCUGUGGGACUCUUGAAGGUGGGUGGAAUAAUUUUUAGUCGGUCAGCAAGUUUUCAAACAAUUUCAGGUCUUUGUUUCUUUUGGAGCGCCGUGUGUCGUUUGUGAUACCUGCGAAUCUUCAAAGUGAAAUGAGUUGGUCCUUGUUUGUAUCUGUGUAAAGACUUCACGUGUGGGUAACACUUUUGUCGUAACAGUUGUACAGCUGACUCACUGCCUUUAACCAGAAACAUAGAUGUUUCAAAACUUACCGAACUGACAACUCAUAAUUCAACACCGUGCUCCUCUGCGACUACACCAUUCCUUCCACUCAAAAGUCUGCUAAUGUUGUAAAUAUGAAAGUGUAUUGCCCUUGAACGUACCACAACCUCUCUCUCUUAAAGUGUAACUUUUUUUUAAUAGGAAAAGUGUCCUUUAAUCAAGUUGUUAUGGUUUGUGCCGUUGCAGUACAUUAGUGUGCUUUAAGGAAAAGCAGUUGGUACAUUAAAACAGUCAACUAUCCAUUUAGAAUUGUAUGACAUCCAUGUGUCUUGUAGCGUAUUAACAGAUAGUUGAUGAGUGUAUCUUUGCGCUCACAGACGAUUCCUCCAUUUCAUGUCGCUUCACUGUCACUUGAAUUUUCUUCUUUAUUAAAGGUGCACUACCAAAGAGGUAUUUAGAGUGCCGUAGCUCUGGGGAUGAUGUAUGUGUUUAUGUCAUGCGACGCUGAGCCUGAGGAAUGACUUGGAACCAGAAUGAAUGAGUACAUGUGAUUAAUACCCAGACAAAAAAAAAGGAAAAUAGAUAGAUUGACAGAAGUAAAUGCAGUUUUUUGACUGCUUAAUUGCAGCAAAGAAGCUGGUAUGUUGUAAAAUUUAAAUGUCAUAAAGCAACACACACUAAAUUUUUUUAUUCUCAGUGUGAGCUUUCAUUAUUGGUCAAACAUCAUUAAAACUAAAGUCAGCUGAAGUUUAUUUAAAAUGUGUAGCUGUAGAUGUGUUCCAGUUUGAGAAAUAAAUCAGAAAGAUCAAAUGAAUCAUCUUCAUAUUCCGAGGCAAUUAGCCAAGCAGGGAAGGUCUCCCUUGUGCCAGAAGACUCAGAGUGUGUAUUUUUACUCAAAAGUGAACAUUCAUCAUAUCGCAGCUUGGUUUCCCGAUCAGCUUAAAGUGUCCCAGAGGUGAUUCUUCUUUAAAGACAUUAAUCAUGAAUGCUUAUUACACAUGACCUGCUGAUUCCAGGUUUCUUCAUUUAUUACUAGGAGAGGAAGACUCCCUUCGAGCGCGGUCAAAUACCUACACCUGAUCUCUGUGAACCCCAGAAACACCUCCCAUCGCAGUCCUCGACCCACAUCUCAGCCCCCAUCUGAAAAAAAAGAAAGAUUUACUGUAGUGCUGGUCUGUGUGCUUUUUAAUGUGGUAAAACAAGAAAUGUGAUAUUUAGGUUUUAAAAAAGCAGAACAAAGAAAACCAUCUUUCACUUUAUUCUGAAAGGGAGGAACAUUCACAAGAGACACUGAAAUAACCCAAGUGUCCAUAAAUAAUAAAGAAAUACUUUGUUCUAAUGUUUUACCAUGUCACGGAGGAGGAACAGUUACUUGAUUUUGUGCACUUCACCGGCUGCCAUCAAACUGUAAAUGAUCACAGCCAUACCACAGUCAUUACACAUGAGGGGGAUCAACUGCACCGACAGUUGAUGUCUCAGUAACACUUCAUUUGACCCCUAUCUCUAUAACACAUAAGUAUAUGUAAAAUGCGUUAUUAUCAUGUUAUAGCACUGUGUAACCAUUGUUAUAAACACUCAUAAAUGAUCAUAAUGCUUUAUAGCAAUAAAUAUAACACAUUAUGAAACAUGAUUAUAACGCAUUAUACAUUUUUUAUAAUGUGAUAAGGAGAGGCAUCAAAUAAAGUGUUACUGAUGCCUCUUCUCUUACUACUACAUUACGUACCUAUUUGUAUAACUAAUAAGUCGUUUGCAUUUCUUAUUCAUGUUUUACUGGUUUUAAGGUCACGUUGUUUAGAAAAACACAUACAGAUGACAUACAGGAAGAGCUCGGCCUUCUGCGAAGGUUUUGUUUCAAGGUGACGCUGGUCUACUUGAAGCACUUUUCUGUUUCUUUGUCUUACAAACGACAGAGCUCUAUGAAUUUUGUAGUUAUUAGCCCACCUUUCAUAUUAAAAAACUGUUUACUUAAGCUUCAAUAAAAAUAAUGGACAAUUCUCCUCAUUACAAACAGAAAAAACCUUGAAUGUGUAGAAGAUUAAAAAAGGGGCAGGAUACACAAUUAGAAUUUAAAAUAUAGAAAAUAUUUUGCUGAGGUUUACAAAAUGUAUUUUUUGCUGUGAGAGAAAGGUGCAAGGUCGUUGUCCAAACUCUUAGCCCAGUAAAAGUUGACUUAAAAUUAAACUGAUUUUUUAAUUCUAAUGAACAUACCAGAGUGCAUGUACUCAGGAACUGCCACGGAGUUGCAUAUGAAGACUAAUACACUUACUAGGGCUGAGCAAUAUGUUGUUUUGACACUGCAGUUGUAAUGUGCGCAUUAGUCACCACUUCAUUGCUCAAGAUUCAUAUAAAAUUAAUGUCUCUCAUAUACAACCCCUAAUGCAGCCCCUCUUGUGAGGAGCUGAUCACCGUGCAGGCAGUGUCUGUAUCUAUGUUGCAUGAUUGUAGAUUGCAAACAUGCAUGUGAACCACAACAACACGGCUGUCACAGAUACCCAGAUAAUGCUUGAUUGAGUAAGAAGGUUUCAGGACGAUGUUUACGCUAGACAUCUCCACCUGCAGUGUAUGUACAUCGUGGUGUUGUAAUCCUCAUAUGUAAAAGAAGACAGCGGGUUUUCAGGUAAAUAUUAGUUCCCAUCACAAAGCUGGUGACACAGAUCAAAAAUCGAUUUUAGCAUCAACACAAAAUACUGAAUAUGUCUAGAUAAAUCAGUUUCAUUUAGUACAGUUGAUGACGUCUUGUCCUUCCAAUAUUCUUUCCUCCAUGCUGGUGUCGGAGGACUUGACACUAGGGGUGGGAGAAAAAAUCAAUUCACAUAAGUAUCACAAAUUUUUUUUUACAAUUUUUUAAUCGAUUUUUAUGUUCAAAAAUCGAUUUUUUUCUUCAAAUUUAAGAAUAAACCUUAAAAACUGACUUACAUGUGAUGUGUACUUUUUGGGGAAAUAUGGCUCCUGGAAUAGUCAGUAGACAAUCAUAAUCAUUCAUCUGUUUCACUGGUGUUAAAAAUGCAAACUAAAAAUCGAGAAAAUCGACAAUAUGGUAGAAUCGCAGUUUAAAUCGAAUCGGCGUCCAACAAAACGUAGAAGAAUCAAAUUCGGGAGAAAAGCAUAUCGUCCCAGCCCUACUGGACACCCUUUGAUUAAAGGAGGGAGAUUUGAUUUGAAAGCAUAAAAUAGACUUAAAGAUACAAAUUACAAGUUGUUGUUAUGUCACUGAAACUUUUGUUUCAAAGUAUUCUGCAUUUUUCAGGUAUAAGUUCCUUAUUUUUUUUUUAUGAAUAUAAAUAUAUUUUGCAGAAAGAAAAAAGAAUCAAACUGCAGUUUUUUCAAUGUCAUGCAGCCCUAAUAUUUACUAUUCUUACUUGCGACACUGUACUACAUUCUCAGCCGCUCCAAGCUGUAGGACAUAGAGCCACCAGGCAGGUUACAUCGGCUUGUACACAGGGAGGGUGAAACAAAGGUUAUAGAGGCUCUUCAAUAUUUUACAGGGGAACCCCUCCCUCGACAUAAUUAGGCAGAUUACACGUUAGCCAUGCUCCCGUGUGCAGAAAUGUUUUAAAACCGCUCUAUCCUCCAGGCAAAUGGAAAGAAAAGUCAAAAAGAAUUUCACGCUGUCCGAGCAGCCGUGAAUGUGCUAUUAAUGGCCAAAGCCACAGCCAGAGCCAAAAGAAAGAAGAAAAAAAAGAAAGACUUUCUCAUGUCAAGUAGGUAUGAAUUUUUUACAGGUUUGGAGUACAAAAGGUUUGGUUAAAAAUUUAAAGGCCUCGUGGCUGACAGUGGCAGUCAGAUGUCGAGACAGUUCAAUCACUCCUGCUGUUUCAGUUUCUGUAGCUCCACACCGCUCUUCAACCACUAUUUAUCAUUUACAUCUACAACACUGUUUGGUACAAUGUUUCACAAAUGUUAGUGUGACAGAGAGGAAAACAGUGUCUGUAUGUGUGUCACUGGUGUCAGAUCCAGACUUUUCUAUCAUAACUGAAACUUCAGCUACCAAAACAAUCAUAUUGGUCCAAUCAGACUGCAAAUAACACGCUAUACAAAAUAGAAAAGAUUAAAUCAACAAUCACCAGUCAAGUUAGAAUUUUCGAUAAUGACAAAGCUUUGAAUUUCAUCAUUCAGAUGCAAGGUGGUUAUUUUAGAGCAUAAGGGGGAUUAAAUAAAAAAAUGUAAAUGCAAAAGAUCAAUUGUGCAAAAAGGAGGCUAUAUCACUUCAAACCUAUAGGUCAAUGUUCAACUCUCUUUUUAUCAGAUCUCUCAGUCACAGCCUGUAGUUUUGGCAAAUCAUAAAAUGUUUGAUUAAAACCCCUCUGGCAGGACAGUUCCAGAUGCCAAAGUAUCAUCAUUAAUUGCAGCUUCCACCAGCCAUGAAAUUAACCCCAACAAUAGUGAUGUGAGUAACAAAUCACAAAUGUUUCCCAACAAGACUUGAACCAAAGGCAUCUGUGUAUAAAAGACUGCAUAAACAAGAAAGGAAAAAAAAAGAAGGUGUAUUCAGCAGGGGCAGCACAGACGAGGCUGCUGUGGCUGCAGGGCAGAUCAGUUUUUUGAGUGGUGUAGGGCCAACUGGAUGAGGCACGGCUGCCAUGGCCUCUCUGCUCCCGUAAUAUCCCUAUCCUCUGGUUUCCUAACAGACCAAGAGCACGCAUGAUUUUUUUUUUAAACAUGCCUUAUUUCCUGUGGUACAAAACAGUUUGAAGGAUUUCACAGCACUCCAUGACCUUGUUUAAACACUGCUUGUUUCUCUGGUUCUUUUUCAAGGGGAUAGACUUAGACUUUUAGCUGUGUCAGCAUCAUAUGUUGAUUUAUUUCAACUACACUUUAAUAAUCUACCAAAUUAUCAGUAAAAACAUUACACAUGGUGGUUGAUAUUCAAGUCUCAUCCCACUAUUCUGACUAUCCAACACAAAGUCAAAUUGUCAGGCUUGCAACGUCCCUGAAUGUUUCUGUGCAUAAUAGGGGUGGGAAUCACUAGUGGCCCCACGAUACUAUGUUAUGACAAUACUUGGGUCACAAUACCAUAUUAUUGCAGUUUUUAACAAUUUGCAAUACAGUGAGUAUUACAAUAGAACAUAUUUCAAUUGAUAAUUUUUUUUUUCAACUGUUUAGCUAAUUUAGCAUAUGUCUUUCCGUUGCGUUUGUCUUAUUUGCGCAGUAUUUUGUUUUCAUGUAGCACAUCUUGGAAACUUUUUAUAUAUUUGUUGCACUAACUUUCUCCUGCUCUAUAAUGUCACCUCUGCCAACCUCACUGGACAAGCAGUUGUUUUUAUUCUCCAUUAUCACAGAUUUGACUUCAUAUUGGCAAUUAAUAUGAAAAAAUCGAUACUUGGUCAAUGAGACGAUACGAUAUAUCAACAGACAAAAUAUUGUGAAACCAUGCUGUGUCAAUUUUUUUCUCCCACCCCUAGUGCAUAACUCUUAUAAUCUGCUUUUAUGAUACUUAUCUUAGAUUUUGUGAUCAGUGUAAAACCUGUGUAUUAAGCUCUUUUAAAAAGAUGUGUGUAUAUGGUGUAUAUAUAUAUAUAUAUAUAUAUAUAUAUAUAUAUAUAUAUAUAUAUAUAUAUAUAUGUGUAUAUAUAUAUAUAUAUAUAUGUAUAUAUGUAUAUAUAUAUAUAUAUGUAUGUAUAUAUAUAUAUGUAUAUAUAUAUAUAUAUAUAUAUAUAUAUAUAUAUAUAUAUAUAUAUAUAUAUAUGUAUAUAUGUAUAUAUAUAUAUAUAUAUAUGUAUAUAUAUAUAUAUAUAUAUAUAUAUAUAUAUGUAUAUAUGUGUAUAUAUAUAUGUAUAUAUGUAUAUAUAUAUAUAUAUGUUACUAUACUGGUGUGCGUCAUUCUUGAAAUCUAUAUGUUUUUUUCUAUUUUGAAUGUGCUUCUUAUCAAGUUCAUCUUUCUUCAAAUAUGUCAUAAAAGCCUUGAAAUGCUCUGCUCUGUAUGGAGUAGGAUGUGCUUCCCUCAUACAGCAAUGUAGCAAUUAAUUGCUUCCUACUUUUCCAAUAUAAUCACCUAUGCUAUAUUUAAACCUCGUACAAUCUGUAUGAUGUUUCCCCAGUGGACAGGAAGACCAUCUGUGUUGUCAUUUUUUUUUUGCUAAUGACAUAAGUGCUACAGUUGCACAAUUUUUUUCCCUCAACUUGGUCCAAGCUGGAUACAAUUUCCUACCUUGUCUUCAGUCUGGUGUUUCUUCACAGGAGUUCCUCAUUAGGUCAUUAGCGCAUUAGGCUCUUCUGGUCACAUGCUUUCUUGUCCGGGAGGCCCGGUUGUCACAUGAGUUUUCAUUCAUCCUGUUUUGUGUCACAGCAUAGAAGUGGCAUUGAAGUAGGUGCAUGAUAUGCUGCCGAUAGAUGCUCUUUGCCGUACGUCCAGGAGGAAUCGUGAUUAACUGGAGGAGAAGUGGCUCCAGACAGCGAAGUUGAGGAUUACUCCUCACAAAGCUGGAUAGCUCUUUACAUUCUGAGUGUAACAUAAAACAAAACACUUGUAUGUGUUUGUAUGUACAUGCACACUAAAUACUGUGUAAAAAGACUGAGUUUUGAUAAUUCUAGUUAGCCUCCGUCAGAGUCAGUGAACCCUUGCCAGUUAGACUUAGCCCAGAUAAAGCCAGGAUAUAUUAAUCACCAAACAGUGAUUCCUGUCAUCUUAUUUUCAUCAUGCGCUCGCAUCAGGCCCCCGCCUCGGGUACUCUGAUUGAAUUUUAUGGAGGUCAAUUGUAAAUGGCAGGAGGGGUUUUAAAAAUAAAAGUACAAGUGAAAUCCUGAUGCAAUAUUUCAUCUUGCAGAGGCUGGAUAAAGCCUAAUGAAAUGCGAAUGCAUCACUGUAUACUGCGCUCCUCGGAUGGCAAGCCGCACGCCUCCACAUUCAGUCCAUCAGUAUGCAAAGCAUCGGACAAGAGGCUGUGGAAUCACACGUCUCACGAGACCCCACCACAGAAGGGUUGAGGACAUGCAAGUACCUUCCUCACAUUUAACUAAACUAUUCCUUUUCACAGAGCAGGGAGAAAAGGGGGAGUUGUGUAAAGAGAUGUCAGAUCCAAAGAAAGGCAACAAGAUAUGCAGUGUCACCGCCUAGCUAUCAAGAGACUUUCUCUUUAAUCAAAGGGCCCCAUCAGAGUGCCCACAAGCCACUGCAGGCCGUUCAUUUGCAGCGGUCUGUGCACAGACUUGCAGAAAACUGCUGGCAUACUGAAAGCUCCAGCUCCCUCUCUCUCCCUGCUGCGGUUUCUCUGUAGAUCAUCUUUGAUUGACCCAAUUAGGCGAGUCCACCGGGUGAUGCUUGCUGCUUAUUAGUGUUUCACAUUGGCUUAAUCAUGGGAUGCAGAACGUGAAUGAGGUGCAGAGCAACCUGGCAGAGGGGCUGACACAGGCCGCCUUUCAAGUGCAAAUGAACCCCAAAGCAUGGUAACCUGUGGUAGCUCCAACAGCUGCUUUGAAUACUUAACAAAACCAGUCUUAAUACAAUUUAAUAGGUCACUGGUUAGGAGAAAUAUUUGAGGAAAAAACCCAUUAGGGCCAUUGUUUGACAUUUAUUUUAUUAACACGCGAGGAACAAGGCACGCAAGCCAAUUUAAUUUCCUCCCCUGCGACAGUUUUAAAUGUGUCAACUAGCUCUUUUUGUGCAUUAUUUAAAAUUUGCAGCAUUUGUGACAUUCUUUCAAGACAUAAUGGAGCAAUAUUUUAUGAGACGAGCCGCGGAGAGAAGUGUAAAUGUGAAAGGAGCGAGCAGCAGAGCAUUAUGCUACAGAUGCAGGUGAACUCCCAUGUGAGACGAAUGGAGGGGAAAAGGUAAUUUGUGAAGAGACCUACCUGCCAAGAUGAUGAAGAGUUUGCCUUUGUUGAUGUUCCCAAAAGUGUCUCCCAGUCAGGAGUCAUAAGAGAGCAGAGCUUACAGUGACACCUUGACUGGCAAUCAGGGAGAGGCAGUCCGCUACCUUAGCUUGGUGUGUGUUUAAAAUAAAGAAUAUUAUUAUGUUUUGAUAUGAGUUCUCUGUCUCUUGCAAAGGUAAUUCCUCUUUUCCCUCUGACAUUGCUGCCUUUGGGCUUAUUGUAUGACAGUGUUUGUAAAUAGAUUAAACUUUCCUUGAGGAAUGCAAGAGGCAUUCAGUAACCUAGACUAUAGUUUUGUUUUUGAAAAAAAAAAAGAAGGUGCAAGAUGUUCCUGCUGCUUGAUUGAAACGUGAAGAGAAAUGGAUGCCUGCAAGUUCAACCCUCAGGUUCUGAAUGAGGAGAUGCUCAUUGUAUAAACAAUAUCGUUAACUCUUGAGAAUCAAGGUGUGCUUUUGAAAGUUUAAUGCCAUCAUCAAGAUCCCAAGGCUCAUGACAAGUAUGGAUGUCCAACAGGGGGUGGACCCAGAGGGUUGGUCAGGGGUGGCAUGGACCCUGUUUGAAAUAUGAUUCCAAGGUGCCACCCUGACCCUAAAAGGAUUAAAGUUCUCCAUCACUACGGUGAAUUUCCAUCAAGUUCAUGAUUUUUUAAUGAUCUAUCUGACAGAGAGAGAGAGAGAGAGAGAGAGAGAGAGAGAAAGUAUUAUAUCAGAUAUGUGAUGUGCAUCCAAGACAUCCAACUCUUGGUAUGUAUUACGCUAAUUGAACAUUAAAUUUUGCAUUAGCAUAGUGAUUAUUGAAACCUUUUUGGACACAUUUGAUAGCCCUCUGGGCGCAGGUACAGAACACAAAAAUUCAGGAGGGCCCGUCUGGGGAAAAGCCUGAUCCCUGUAGCUAUUGCCGCCCUUAACAGCAGGCCCCGCUGACCUAUCUGACCAGCCUGUCACCUUUUGCUGUUGUCACUGUCCCACACUAUUUAUGUCUGUCCUUACUGUCUGUUGAUGUUUGUAAUGUGCAAUGUCGUCUUUCCUAUAACGUACAGUCAGUGAAGAUGAAUUUCUCCAAGGGGACCAAAUAAAUCAAAUCUCAAAAUCUCAAUCUUCAUUUACUCCAGCCAGGGUGAAAUACAGGAGAAUGAUAAUCCAACAUUUGUGCUGUGCAUCGCGGCCAGAGAUCAACAAUCAUAGGGGAUAUUUGUACGGCAAACGUGAUCUGACAAAGCAGCUUGCUUCGACACAAGGGCUGAUACAAAAAGCAGUAGCUGUGUCACACAGCAACACAUUAAAGAUGACAUUUUAAGUUACUGUUACACAGCACAUAUUUGUUAUGUUGAAUUGUUUCAGCAAGGUAGCUUUGUUCAAAGUGACAUACAGACCUUCUCAGCUAGCAACAUUAAACAUUUGAAGUGGUCUUAAAGCUUCUGUGAAGAACAUUUAGUUUCUUUUGGUUCUUGAGCCCUCCUUGGAUUAAGUGACACCUCUUAUAUUUUGUAUAUGUGAAACUAGAUUUUUUAGACAAAGACCUCUUUGUCUGACCCUCUUUUCUUUUAACUAUGACAAGUAUGACUUAAUGUGAGCUGGUUUUUUUUCAGUCAGCUUUCAAUCAUCUGGCCUGAAACCUGCCAACAAUACCAUGCAGUUGACAAAUUUGAACCUCAACAAAUCAGUCACACCACAAUAGCCACGAUCAUAACAAAAUGUAUCUUCUGCCAGCAAAGCUGAUAUUUAUAUAGGAGACAUAGGACCACUUAUGUUUUUUUUUUGUAAACACCAGGAGGUUAGAAGUCAGCUAGCAGCAACUUUUUCCCUGCUACUCAGAGCCAGUGUGUGUCCUCUCAAACAUCGCUGAAUGAAGCCUUUUACUCUGAAUUCCCCUCAACUUCUCUCAAAAUCACAAAAGCACUUUUAUGCUCUAUUUGCAAAGACUUACGCCCCUACAGUGUUGUUGGUAAUGAAGACUUCAGGCUGCUGCUUAAUGAGUCUAGGCCCCGCUAUGAAAUCUCCAGCCGUCAGUUCAUUAUAGAGACUGCAGCGUCUAACUCGUAUGCAAAGCAUAAAAAGGUCACUGAAACAUUUUCAUGUGCAAACAGAGUUGCCAUUACAUGUGAUACCUGGAUGUUGAGAGCACCACGGUCACACUUGACACUUACAUGCUAACAAAUUUAGCCAAAAUGGGACAUGGCCUUUCCUGUUCUGCAGACCAGAGCUGUGUUUGACAGCCAGCCAGGGUCCAAUCCUGUUGGUUUGCCACAGGAUGUGAUGGAUGAAUGGGAGCUUCCCGACAGGGAUCCAGCCUUGAUGACAGAUAAUGCAUCCAGUGUGACCAUAGCAGCAAGCCUUGCAAAGUUGGUGAAAUGUUUUGCACUCGGUAUGUGUUUGGCUGCCCUAUAUGCAUGAAAGUAACCCACUGUUUCCUGUAGACUGGAAAGAAUCCACAGUGUCAUGGCUUUAUUUUAGGAAAAAGCAUCAUUGCAAGCCAUACUCUGGAUCCAAAGCAGAAGCUUCUAAUCUCCUUGAGCACAAGCUCAUGAAAGACAUUGCUAUGAAAUGGAACAACACCUGUGAUACGCUGAAGCGGUUCCUAAAGCAGCAGACCGCACAUUUACUUUGCUGUCUGCUCAGGUGCAGCAGAAAGCCAAAGUUAUGGAGCAGAUUUGAACUGUGCUGGAGAUUAUGGCUAAAGCCCUGAAGCCAAAAAAGUCCCAACACAUGUCAUGUUGAAAGAAAAGACCUCGUGCUGUCUAUUAUUGCACAGCUGCAUGCCCAGCUGUACCAUGGUACUCAGGUUCAGGCAACAGACUCAGCAGUUGUGGUGAAAACUGAACAUGUAAGUGGAAAUCUUGUGAAAAGAUAUGGGAUGCACAUGCUUUUCUGUGCAUGACCUCCGCACUAGAUCCACAUUUUAGGGCACUGCCUUACCUGGAGGGAGAUACAUGGUAGGACACCUGUACCACCGUGGCAGCAGAGGUGUGUGUAUUUUUCCCAUUCAAAAUCUCCAGUUCUGCCAGUUUAAGGCAACAUUUUUAUUUAGGUAUGAUCAGAGGUAUUUUCUAAAAAGAACUGAUAUAAAUAGACAUUAUUGGCACCCAGAGUCAAGUGAAACCAGGAUAUUUUUGUUGUAUUAAAGACCUAAAGGUAACAAAAAUGAUACUUAAACUUCAGAAAAUUAAAUAUUUCAUUUGCAUUUUAUAAUAUCUCUGGGACCAUAAACACAAUCGUUUAUUUUGCUUUAAGGAUUUCUGGCGGCUUUUGAUUUUAAGAGUUUUAAUGAUUCAGGAAACUCCGCUUUGCUGAUCAAACACCAUCCAUGCACGUUCAUCCAAGUCCAUGCACAAGGUGAGUCACCUCAGACAGGUACAGUCUUGAUUUGGCCCUUAAAUUUUACUGCACAUGCACUAAAGUAAAAACUUUGAAGUUUUCUGUUCUUGUUGCUGCAUGGAUGAAAAGCACAAUAAGACCAUCGAUAGUUGCAACAACAUAAACAGCGUUCCCUUGAAACAUUUAUAUGUUCUCUUUAAGCCACUUUAGUUUCACUUGUAUUUUACAGCCCAGCACUUCAUUUUCUAAUGAUGCUGCAGUUGAUAAAUCUGAUAUGAUCUUUAAUUUUCUCUCAGAUAUUAACGAUAGAAAGGCGGCUUUGUGCUGGUUUGAUGUGCACAUGACAGUUUGAUAAUUAUUUGCAGUGUGAUGAAGUAGGUGUUUGCUAAUUAUUCAGGUCACUGCAGGCUGUCUGUAAACUCAAUUCGGUAUUCAGAAUCGCUGCCAAUUUUUUGCUCUGUUGGUCUUUAAAUGAAUCCUUUUUUUAAAGCCUGUCUAUCCAUUCAAGCUUCUUUAUGUCGCAUAUGUUGAAUUCAAAGCUGAGCUGUUUGACUCAAAGUUUAAUCAUGCUCACAUUUAAUAGGGAGACUCCUGAGGUGGUACUGUGAACUUGACGGAUACAAUUUCUUUGGCACCACUGUUGCAAAUGUUCAUAGGUGUUUGUGUAAAAGUAUUUCAGUAUUUCACACUCAGGGAUGUACAGUAGACAGGUGUUGCUUUAACAAACUACACAUCCCUUAAGUGAGAUGCAGUCAGGAACACGAGGAUCCCCAUCUGUCAGGCAGAGAUGGAGUCUGGCCCACAGGAACUCACACAGGUAGACUCGGCAGAAUCAAUAAGAUUGUGUCUUUGAACAUGUGUUCUGUGCUGUCGAACAUCUACAUGAUGUAACUUUGUCAUUUGUUUCGAACCAAAUUUAAUUAGGAGUUGUUGUAGAAGUCUGCAUGAUGUACCUACUUUGAGCAAAUUUAAGUUUGAGAACAGUGUUAAAAAAGCUUAGAAAACACUUGAAGCUACAUGGCGUUCAUUUGGUAACACUUGUGUUUUAUAUUGAAGUUCUUAAAAAAAAUAAGAAUCCCUCCGUCAGAUUAAAGCAGUUUAAUAAAAAAAAAAAACGCUGAGUCAGAAGAAUUCAGCUGUAGCAACAUCAACGGAUUAAUCUAAGGUCGUGUUCACACCAAAAGGUCUGUUUUCUGAUACGAGCCAAAGCGAGGACGAUAUAUGACGAGGAUAUGACGUGUAAAACGGCACGCUUCCUGUGAUUGGUGCGGAUGGGGUUUACACCAGAAGUAUAUCGCUCUAGAGUUUACUUGAUAGCGGUUCGAGACCACCCCUACUAGGCGUACCCAAGAGUGGUUGACUGGUCUGCAGCAGAGUUUGAGGCCAGCUUUCGCAUCAACCAAAACCAACCGCACCAAGGAGGUGAACGCUCUAGGGUUCAGUUCAACUGGACCAAACAAGGCUAGCGUGAACGUGACCUAAAUGUGGUACAUAUCAAGGGUGUAAUGGUACACAAGUUUGGAGCAUACCAUAAAUGAACUAUUCGGUUCAUUCAUGGUACAAUAAGGGAGCGACUUAAAGAAGUUCAAAACUGAACCACAGCGUCCCUUUAAAGAGAACAGAGGCUUUGUUUUAAGAUCUCAGUGUUAGUUUUACCAGUGGUUGUUUUUUGUUGGUCAUUUCUGUAGAUAGUUUGAUAAACUGUCAAACAGAGAAUAACAAUCUUUAUUUUCCUUUAUUUGAGAUUUCUGUGGAUCUGGUGGGUUCUUGGAUUUUAUGCUCGAUUUGGCCAAACCAUGUUGUACCAUUGAUCAGAGAUUGGGAUCACAGGGUUACUCAUAUUAUCAUACAACACCAUAUAUCACUUAAUAUAAAACGGCUAUACAAUACGAACUACACAGAAUGACUUGAUACAAUAUGAUUACUAAUAUAUUUCCCAGAACACUGACAACCUUAGAAUAGAAGAGUUCUGCAGGAACUGAGGAACUGCAAGACAAUCACAAUAAAGAAUACAUCAUGAUUACUGAUUUACUGAAGAAAAGAAACACCUCUGUAAGGUCAAGCUCAGGGUUAAUGCCAUUUGUUGAGUGCGAGGAGUCAAAAAGUGGUGACUCAGUGAGCCAGAUUAGAGUUUGAAUUUAAAGGGGGCUCAAAACAUCUGAUCUGAUUAAUAUUUAAAGAAAAAAAUUGUUAUUCAAAAAAGUCGCUUGAAUUAUUUUCAGAUUCUUGUGAUUAUUCACACACUGGUGUGAAUAAUUUGCACAGUUUUUAGAUUGAUUUGCUGUUAACUUAAAAUAUCACCACCGCUGAGCCCCCCCAGUGUUCUCCCUUUUGGGGUACCCAUAAUGCCGUCUGUCAGAGGAGUGAUGCCCUCUCACAGUUGUCACAAGUGCUCUGUCUCGUGUCUCCCCUUGGACUGUAUUAGUGUCAGCGUGCGCUCUGCUCUCCUCAUUGUGUGUAAUCAUUGCUUUGUCUCUGGUGCCCUGACACACACCUCACUGCAUGCAACUUCCGCAGUCUCACUGGCCCCCCUCCUCCACCGCCACCAAAUCUCUCGCCGUUCCCUGCGCCACUGAGCUGCGCUCGCCUCACACCUAAAGGGAUUGCUGUCACGUUGAAAAGGCCGGGUUUGCUAUGCCUGACAACUUGCAUAUUUGUACACGGCGAUGCAAAUGUUUCCCCACUGAUAUUGUUUUGUCACUUAAUGGUGACCCCCACUAGUGCGCCAUUAAAAGCCAGACAUUCCACAGUCACUCAGAAACGAGGCAUUUCUGCAAACUCGUCCCCAUAGGACAUUUUCAAUACUUGUCCUUCUUGUUAUCUAUGUGCUAUUGUAUGCUGCACAAACCCAUUUUCUGCUUUAUUCGUCCCCCGCUGCACGAUGUUGCUAGGAACCCAUGGGGGGGUGACAAGAGCCCUUCACCACUUUUCUCAGUGAAAACUUUCUGCUUUUGUCUGCGGUCUUAUUUCUGUGUUAAGAUGACACCUGGGAAUAAUCCCGGGGGUUUUGACAUAAGUGGAAUUCAAAUUAACUGGAUUAAAUGCUAUAAUCAUAACAGGCAUAAUAACUAUUACAACUUUGGGUAUGUUUUGAUCAUGUCCUUCAUUUUAUUUUCACGUUUUUUUCCCCCCACUCAGCGCUGAAUAGAGCAACACACUCUGGACUAAAUUUGUAAAUGGAAUCAGAUCUUGGUAGAAGAAAAUGUUUAGCAAAAAAAAAACUCAAUAAAACUAAAGUAGUUAACAAAAAAUUAAAACAAUCAACGAAAGUUGGACUUCUUAUCUGGAAUUUGCAAACACUGUAAAAAUGUGAUCCAAAUAAAGCAACCCAUAUUAACCAGAAUUGCCUUGAAAACAGUUUGUCUUAAAUGUAAACAGUAAUAAAUCAUGUGUCCCACUUUUAAAUGCAGCAUGCAACAUACGAGCCAUAUGGUGCCACGCUCCUCCGCUCCCGCAUAAGGGAUCGGCCUGUCUCCAUGGCGCACAAAGUUUACCCUGUUACCUGUCAUCACCUCAGCUUUGAAAGACUCUGUGUCAGCAAUCACUGUCACCAGUCACAUGGAUAUGAAUAAAUUUUUGAGGUAAUGCUUUGAGUCUCUCACUUCUCUUGGUGGUGUGCUGGCAAAAGCUGUCACGAAACCCUUUUGAGUUUCAUUUUUGGAAACAACCGUUGGCCGAAAGCUUUCUCUGUAACAUUUUUUUUUUACAUCUUGAUAGUAAUUUAGCCUGCUGACUGUUGACAGCCAGAGCAAAAAUAUCAGGAAAUUGUGAGCUGCUAUCAAUAAUCAAAAAAAAAUAAAAAAUAGUUUGAGAAGGUUGCGUUGUCCUUGAAAGUUAAUAACGGUCAUUACAUUGUCCAAACAGAUACACUUACACAUUGUGGGGAUUUCAAAUUGUUUUGCACACCAUCAUAUUGUGAUAAGUUGGGUGCACUAGCAGGCAAGGCUUUCUUGUUAUCAUGUGCAGCGUUCACUAAAGGUCAGAAGGAUUAAUUGAAUGUAUUCCACUUUUCUAUAUGAGUGCUCUUCAACAGUCAGAGUCCUUGUCUCCACUUUAUGCAAAAGUUAAAGAUGCAUCAAGGGAAAAAAAAAAAGAAGAUACUGUCUGCUAAUCUGUGUUGCUUUCAAGGACAUGCCAUACAUAGCAGGAUAAAUACCUGGGGGAAUUUGUUUUUGUAGGCUUAACAGUACAUCGUUUAUUGUAUAUAAAAAGAAGUGCAUCCUCUUUCCUCACCAUUUUAAUUAAUUGUGAAGACUGUGAUACUCGCAUACUUACGUGAACGCUGUUUCUAAAUAGGUAGAGGGGAGCAGAACAGCCAUAUGGCGUUGUCUGACAUGAAGAAAUUAGGCCACCAAUGCUGUCUGUUCAUUGUCAUCAACCUGGCCACCUGCUUUGCUUCUUCAGCGAGUAAAACUAGCGUAGACCCCCCUCCUCCUCCUCCUUCCCUCCCACUGCUGCCUUCCCAGUCCAACUUGUUAUAUCUUUAUACAACGAGCUUGAACAGAAAUCCAAAAGUACUCAGGGACAAGUCAAGUUUUUGGUACAAAUUAGCUGAAAAAGGCCAGCGGAGGUCGCCUGGCUGUACUCCACAGGGUUCAGCGGUUUUUGGUCUAAUAUUAAAAGUAAACAAAUAUGUUUGUUUGUGGCUUGAGCUUGGUGAUACAGAUGGUUAGACUGGCCCCUGCCAUAUCCUCUAAGGUUGUGUCCUUGACGUGGAGAUUCUGGGUUUUGAUGCCAAAGCCUACACACUGAGUCGCCUUACUUUUAAAACGCCGUCCAACCGGUAUUUUCCCCAACACCCUCCAUAUUUUUGAAGAUCUUUUUGGCCUUCUUUUCAGUGAGAUAUAAAGUUUGCAGUCACAUAUUUCCCCAGACCUUGCCCCUAAGGCCACCAAAGCUUCUGUUUGUCUGCAGUGUAAUCAACUAUUUGAAUUUACCGUCUUGUGAUAUGCCAGUGAGAAAACAUAUGGUGGGGCUAAAGCUCAGACUUCCAGUCAGCAGACAGUUACUUAGGUCACAUUACAAGCUGCCGGGUUCCACUCAGAAUAGACACAUUUAAAGUAGACCUCACUGCCGGGAGAACAACCUCUGGGGACAGACUACACACUCUUCCUGUGGCACUUAAUUUUUUUUGGUGUCUGAAUUAAUUUUUCAUCGUUGUGCUCUCGACUCAGCGAGGAUGCACAGUUUCACUGAUCUACGAUGCAGUAAACUGUCAUAUCCAUUUGGCAACAACUCACAGGCUGCACCCAGCUGCUGUGUUUGUGGCAGUGGUACCAUGAUACAGAUAGUUAUUUAGAUUGUCCUCUGUCGUCCCGGCUUAGCCCCGUGUCCUUGACUUUUGGAUGCUGUGAAAAAGUGCCAAAGCCCACAUAACACCAGGCUGCUUUAUUGUCAAAACACCUUCCAACUAAAUCUUAACUCUUUGCUGCCUCUAUCAGCCUCUAUUUCAGUUGGUUGCUACUUCUUUUCAAUGCAAAAUGGAGCUGUUUACCCGGUUCAGCACGCAAUCAAUACCAAGCUUUCUGCUUUUCACUCUGAGUAACCUGAAUAUGUUGAUACACAUCUCUUAUCUCCUUUGAAAUGCAGAAUAUAACCCAGCUAAAUACAGUGCCCAGUCGUGUCUUGUAAAACCUUGUAAUGUUUUAUUCCUAUGAUCGGCAACAAAGCUCUGAAGAAGCUCAACAAAAACCUUUGGUCCUGAAAGAAGAUAGGUACUGGCACAUGCCUCAGCCAUGGGGCAGAAGGAGUUAAAAGGUCUCCCCUGUUGAUUUGGCCCCCAUCAACUGUCAACAAGUCUUCCAGGGCUUUUCCUGAACCUUGAAUGUGCAGGAUUCAGCCCUCGUUCUGGUUUUGCAGGGAGGUUUUUACUCGCUGUGGCCCUGCGGAGCCUGAGGAAGGAUUAAAGAUUGAUGAGAGCUCUCAGAAUCAGUUUAUUGCUCCAGAGAUCUUCGCAUGUGUUAUGAGUGGGAAGAUUGUGUUGCUGUUUUUUGCCUCAUAGAAGUUCAUGAGGCUGGCACAGCACUAAAGUGUUUGACAAUCAAGGUUGGAUUGGUCUUUUUUUUUUUUUCUUCACAGCAGAUAGCCUUUGGAUUGCUAGAGAGCUGUGAGUGGGCAACAGUGCCGUAUAUUCAGAUGUGAAAUGUGAUGAAAUGCUGGUCCUAUCAGUAUGAGAGGCCUUCAUUUUUUUCAAACUCUCAUACAUUUUGCCCGACUUCAAAGAUGAUAAGGGCUACGCUCACUCACUAUGGCAGAUAAUACCUGGACCAUCUUGAAUAAAUUCUCACUUUUGCCCCUUUGCUUCACUACAUCUGUGAGAAGAGAACAUAAACUGUAUCAGUUCAGCUUCAGUGGAGGUAUAUAAUGCAUUUCAGUUGAGCGGGAUUGGUUGGUACUGAUGUUCAACUGAAGAACAUGCAAUGCAUACAAGAGAUCAGAGCAGCAGAAAAAAAAAAAACACUCCAUCAUGUCCAUCCAUGCUUUUCCAUCUGUGAUCUUUCUGUGGAUUUUAAUGUGGAGACCGGAGAGGAAACAGUCGAGGUUUAAAUUAAAGUUUAAAUAUUGUGGAUGGAAUAUAAACAGCAAAAUGCAAACAUCCACUAAAGAGAGAAGUAACAAACCACAUCCUCCUAAGAGAUAAAAACCCCUGACAUUUUCUUUGAAUUUAUUUUUAUAUUUAAUUCUUUUCUAUGUUGCACUAAUACUUGCUGUGUCCACUGCUGUUCUUUUUUUUUUUAUUCAAAAUUGACUUUACAGGUGACUAAAAGGAUUUGUGUAAAAAGUUGAGAACUUCUUUCCUCCAUUAGGUACACCUGCGGCACAUAUUUCUAAAGUUGUAUUCUUCUAACAUCCUCUCAGAUUAUGAAAAGCAUCUAUAAUUGUGUUGCCAUUUACUCUCGUCAGCUUGCUGUGUCUGCGCUUGAUCUUUUCUGCAUCUUUUCUCUACCAGCAACUGAUGCAUUAGUAGACUUGUUAACAAGAAUAACAAAAGCAACUUCUUUGUGUUGCUUUUAUUAAACACAUUUCUUUUAACUCAAUCAUAGAUAACAAUAAGACAUGGCCAGUAUUGGUUAGUAAUAUAGUGAACAUCCCUCCUAACCCCAAUAUUGCAAUCACAAGUGCAGAUGGAGACAAAUUUUAGGGCAGUUUUUAUAAAUUAUGUUUAAUUUUAUUUUGCAAUUGGUUCUAAAUUGGAGACAUAAUGGAUUAAAUAACAUUAUAUCUUUGUAAAAAAUAAAAUAAAAUAAAAAAACUUUUCAUGUAAUAAAGUUGACUUGUUUCUCUUGUAUUUGACAAACAUCCUUUGAUUUUACUGUGAGUCAUGUCCAUACAGUCAUGUAUUGAAUGUAUUAAUUGAAUGAAUGUGGCACUUUUUGGGCCAAUAAUUACAUUUGCAGGAAUUUUAAUAUUAGAUUAGGUAAGAUUAGAUUGGAUAGACUAUAUUGAUCCUUCUGGGAAGGUUCUCUUUCCCUCAAGGAAAUUAAAAUUACAGCAGCAUCAGAAAGUACAGAAAAACAAAAUGAUUAAAUAAGUCAGAAAUAAAAAUGCAAUAUAUAUAAAAAAUAAAGAUAUAAGAAAAACGUUAUAUAAAUCAAGUAUUUACAUAAGUAAAAUAUAAAGCAAUGGACAUUUUCAUAUUGCUGUUACUACAAACACUGCUACUAUUACCACUACUAAUAUCUGCUGAUACCAGUAAUGAGCUUUCAAAGCUGUUAUCUGCCAAUAUUGAUAAUGUGUCACUGAUAUUGUGCAUCUCUAGUAGUACUUACAUUUGAGUUUGUCUGUCAGUGGUGCAUAUGCAGUGCACACCCGCACCCAAAACUGAAGCCAAGAAAAAAAUAGCAAAUAUAUUGAAUAAUGUUAAAGCCUUUUUAAUUAUUAUUAUUUUUUGUUAUUUAUUUAAUUAUGAUUUUUUACAUAGAGGUGAUAUUUUUUAUGCCUGUAUGAGGCGGAUACAACUGUGAAUGAAAUAGGAAACUGGAAAUGGAGGAUGGGAGAUGACAGAUGACCAAGAGCUGCCACUUUUGAGGGCUGUAGUUUUUUUUUCAGGGGGAUACUAAUUCAACAGAGUUUAAGUGGAGCCCCAUAAGUGAUUAUUUAUUUAAAUCUGUGCCUGGAGGUUUCCAGUAGACCUUUAUUAGUCUGUUAUUGCGAGUUUAUAACCUGACACAAAUAAUAACCACAAUAAAUUAUCAAUCAUUGGCAUCAAUAUGUAACAUGGCAGCAAAAUCUCAUAUCUGUCAACCUUUAAUGAUGCAUUUGAAACCGACCUGAAGCAGUGAUAGAAAUCUCCGUAGGGGAACAUAACCCACUGUAUUACAACAGGUUAAUUUUUUGGUGUUGACUUUAAUUUUUCAUCCAUGUGCUGUAGACUCAGCAUGGCUCCAUGCUUUCACUGAUGAACACCGGAGCAAACUGUCAUCUUCAUUUGGCAGCCGCUCACAAGCUUACACCCAGCAGCAUCCUACAGCACAGGGUGGAGAGUAAGGGGGGUAGGUGGGGUGCUAACAACACGGGGCUUUAUUACCUGGGAAAUUAAUGAUCUGAGAGACCAAGAUGAAAUGGCUGAACCAUCUGCAAGAAAUCAUGGUGGAGAGGACCUAUCCCCCUUUUUCCUAUCUGUGUCUUUCUACCCAAGCGUAAUGCUAGAGGAGCAUAAAUCAAAGAGCUAAUUCAUACUGUUAAGCGUGGAGACGCCACAGUUAGCAAACACAGCCUUAUGAUUGAUCACCUGCAAUUAUAGUUGAGUGGGUUAAGUUAUGUUUUGACUUCCGAUUUUAGGGAGCUGAUGACUUUUCUAGUAAUUUCUAAAAGUCAUCGCUGACAGAAGUGGAAAUAUAUAUAUUCUCAGAUUUAUUUUGUUAUGCUCCGUUUCUCAGUGCUGGUUUGUUUUAUGUUUUGAAGCAGCAGUUUUUUUGACGGUUAAAUAUUUUAUCAAUGACCUUUUUUCAGAAAGUAGGUGUGCAAUGACACCCACUACUAAAUAAAAGAAUCAAUCCAGUGAAAUAUUGAACAAAUAAACAUACAUCUUUGUUAAUUUAGUUUGUCUUUCUCCCACUUUUUCCCCCCCAUCAAAAUACUUUAUGACCUUUGGAAAUUAUUCGGUUUACUGCAGUGAGAGUAACUGGGAGAAGUCUGAAGCUCAAUAAAGUAGUGGUUGAUGUCAUUACUGGUGCAGGCCUGGUUUCUAUGGAAUGGUAGAGCUGGGCUGUUUGUGAUUGGCUGACAGGGUGUUGGACAGAGCCAAUAGCAUCACUUCCUGCUUUAUGUUUGGAGCACACGCUCACCAAUAAUAAGUGGAGAAGCACCCCCUGUUGCACAGUUGUAGAAUUCACCCUCCUGGCACCAUUUUCAGCCCUGUUGGGGCGCACUAGUCCGCUUUUUUUUCUCUCAGAGAUUAUAACCUACAGUUACUGAGCACAAUGCCACGAGGCCUCAGCAGUGAUCUACUUUAACGGCAGAUUUACCCCAUAAACCCCGAGGAUCCUGUAGCUGGAUUUGGUUGCACUGCGUCUGUAUGGUCAUGAUGUGUUCUGUCAAGUCGGCAUUGUGAGCUCAGAUUCGAGAGAAAGAAGUUGAUGAAAAUCGGGCUUUUGCACCAGGACUGGAAAAGAAAAGCUGUGGCCUUUCACAGUGAAAUUUGAUAGGAUUAUGCAGAUGAUCACACAAGUAAAGGAGCAGAGCCUGACACCAAACUUUGUUCAACUCUAUUAAUUGCCAUGAGGGUCUCGGUUGUAUUUGCACAAUUUGGAGCUCAACAAUUCAGUCCUUGAGAGCUAAUAUUUUCAAAUAUUAAAUAACAUGUUAUUGAUAUAAUGAAUUCCAUUAUUAGCCAUUAACUGUUCAAACAUGGUAAUAAAUCCUGGAGAGGAAAUGAGGCGGUCAGUUUGACCAAAAGCUGCUCUCUGUGGCUGUUUUUGAACCAACGGCAUCUUGACUUCUCUCUCGUCGGUUUUAUAGAAAAAUCUCCAGAUCCUGAAGAGUCAAAUAUCUCCCCAGCUGCUCAUCAAGCCCACUGGACCAUCCCCGCUUCUUUAGUUGUAGCUGCUGUUCAUCACAUGUGUUCUGGAGACAUGCAUGUCCUUUUAAUUGAGCUGUUAGCCGCUCUGCCAUUCAGACUUACAUACUGUAUUCGUCCCCUCAGCUGACAGGGUGCUGAACCAGGAGCUUCCUCAUAUGAAAAGCUCUGACCUUUCCUUUGUGGUGCAAUCAAAUGGGGCUGCCUUGGUCCUUGGCUCUGAAUAAUUAAUUCCUCCCCUCAGUAGGAGUGUUUGCUAAACAGUGGGGUCCUCUGCAGUUCACUUUUUCUGCACCACUGCCACUGCACCCUAGGGGAGAGACGAGUGUACGCUUUAGUCAGACUUAAGAUGUGGCUUUCAGAGAAAAGAGAGACAGUCAGGAGAUAUUGGAAAGCCUCUCUUUGCCUCUUUUCCUCCUCUGUAGAGAAAAGACAACAGCGUAGAAAAGACGAUAGUAAGAAAACUUUGCAUAUUCUUAGUCUUUUUAUGAUACACACAACUGGGGGACUAUUUCCUGUCAAAAAGUGGGGCUCGUCACAUCUUUUUAUCUUUAUGAAUUAAGCGCCUUACCGCGAAAGUGUGUGCGUUCUUCUCCAGUUAAUUUCUCUGCAACACACCAAUAACAGGAUAUUAACUCUGCUUUUAUAACUUUGUAGUUUAUUUUUAGAAUCCUAAUGCACUGAAACGCCUUUGAGUAUAUUGGUUCGCAGGACAGCCCCAAUAUAAACCAAUUGUUCCUCUUCCCGUCCCACAAACCAAUCCCCUGUGAGGGGGGCCCUAAUGCAACGCCCCCUACUGCAUUUGCCUCGUAACAGUGUCAUCUCCUCCCCCGGUGUGCACGCUUUCAUCAUCCAUAGAGGAAUAAAAUAUUGUAGGGAGAUGCUCCUGAACUCGUCCUCCACUGGCAGCGUGUGUGACAGCACACUUUGAUCUCAAUGUGAGAGGCUGAGGCUCCAGGAGAAAUUAUCAAUGAGAUGAGGGGAGAGAGAGAGAGAGAGAGAGAGAGUGAGUGACGGGAGAGCAAGGAGGUGGGAGCGAGUGCGAGCUGUGUGUGGAGGUGUGGUGUUUAAAGUGUGUGUUGUGGGAGUUAAAAGUGGCCCUUACAAUUAGAAAGCCAAAUUUGUUUUGUGGCACACAGGGAUUAUGGGCCCAGGCAGAAUUAAAGUAAUAGAAAAAAGGUUGGAAAUUCAUUAAAAAAAAGUAGGUAUUUGCUAUUCAGUACCCUUAAAUUCUGAAAACACCAUAAAAGCUGCAUUCGUGGCACCAUAUUAGCAAAAUAACAUGUUCCAUCCUGCACUCUACAAAUGCCUCUUUCAUUGUGUGCAAGGGGGCAGUGCAGGACUUCAUUAGAGACAAAAAAGUCCUCUAAACUGCUCAGCCUCCAUGAAAGCUUGAUUCGAGCUAAACCCUGUGAUGAAGUAUUAGCAGUGAAGCAGCUCCACGCUGGCUCUGCAUUAAAGCCAGAGGAUUCUGUCACAGAAUAAAUAACCUAACCUACUUUUUCCACUGGCAGAUAUCAGAUGAUCAAAUGCUUGCUUUUUUUUUCUCACUGAACAGCAGUUUAUUUGUGGAGUAUUUGUCAUCACAGAUUUAGGGGAAAUGAUGAUGCAAUCCCUUGUUAUUUAUUUAUUUAUUUAUUUAUUUAUUUAUUUAUUCAGAAAAAAAAAAAAAUCCCUCUCUUUGAGUAAGCUCUUUUAAAAUACUUUUGCAUAAUUUUACAGGGUACCUCAGGUAAUGUUUUGACAUAAUACUGGUUUCUUGUGAACAGUACGUGCACAUACUGCAAGAACAUAUGAAUAAAAAAUGCAGAAAUAUAUAUGAAGCUCUUUGCAAUGUAAGAAAGAGGGCUGUAAGAUAUGAUGCCUAAAGACCUAAAGUGAACUGUAUUUUAUUCCACUAUUUACAUACGUAAAUAAAUAAAUAAGUAAAUACAAAGUUUGAAUUUUCAGUGUAAUUUAAAAGUCUACAUGCUUGAAAUCUAGUGUAGAAUAAGAGGAUCCAGCCCGACUGAGGGAGUUUCCCCUGAAAAACGAACCUAUUUGGGACCUCUUUAUGACUCUAAAAUGACUCAUUAAUCUCACAGAGCUUUAUCUGAAACAACAACCAAAAAGACGACUUCCUACACAAACUUCAAGGAACUUUGAAGGAAAAAAGGAAAAAUUCAAACAGAGAAACUUAAAGCAAUAUACUGCCUUGUACAAAACUGGGGGAAAACACUUCAUGGCACAUCUGCAUAUGAAAAAUUGCAGUGUAAUGAAGACAUAUUAGCCCAUAGAAAUGUUAUUACGUGCACAGAGAGAGGGGAUUGUUUUUUCAGAGCGAGAUCAGAGAUGGUGCUGUCCUCGCUGCUUUGCUUUUUUAGUCCUGAUCUCAUCUGUUUGGCAUGAAGGGGGAGCUGUGGCUCCUCCUGUCCGAGCAGGGUUACAGCUCCGGGGCUUCACCGUGUGCCUCGCACAUUUUCUCACACUUUUCUGGCCGCGCUGUGCCACAUUGAUUUAAAUGUAUCUGUUGAGGGGAAAAUAAUCAAUGCAAAUUCCCUGGCAGUGCAGCCAACAAAUAAGACAUGUCUGAUUCAUCAAGCGGACAGUGCUAUAAAGACCACUCUUUCUCCUUUGUCCCAUUUCUCCCUCUCUCUCUCUCCCCUUCUCUAUCUCUCUCUCUCUCAGUCCUCUCUCUCUCUCUCUCACCUCUGGGCCACUUCACCCCUUUUUUUCCUCUGUUCACCUUUCUGUGUCUAAAAACUCUUAGGCUGAAUAAGUGGAAGGAGCUUUAUGGCUUUAAAUAUACCUAUGGAACUGCAGCAUAAACAAAAAAAUAAGGUAGGUGCAACUAUACUCAUCAAAUAGAUGUUUUAAUCUUUAAUUCUUUAAUUCUGCUAUUUUAAUUUAGGGAUGGAUUUAUGUUUAUAUUUUCUUAUCUGUUUCUAAAAUAGUUUUAGCUUGGAAGGGAAAAAAAUGCUCUCAAAUUUUUUUUUAGAUAUAUAACUUUUCUUCAAAAGUUCAUCACUUUAAAAGAAGAAAAGUUUUUAAAAAGUUAAUUUAAACCAUGCCCCUGGUUCUUGACCAAAUUAAAAUGAAAGUAUGUCAACAUGUCAAACAGGAAGGAAGUCUCACCUGACACCUAACCUCAACAUUUUGUUUUUGCUCCAGCUUGAACCAAACGGUCAAACUCUCUGGCUCCUAACAAGGGCAGAGUGUGUCGCCCCUGUGUAUGUAAAUUCACUACAUGUGUGCGAGAAAUAAAGGCAAGGGCUAUUUGGAAAUUCCUGUGUGAUGAAAGGGAAAGAAUACCCCCCAAAAAAUGAUUAAUGUGGUGUUCAGGUACACAGAAGAUUGAGUGAUCCUGUCAUCACGCCAUAUGGUACCAAUUUAUUCCGGCUAGCAUGAGGCAAACUCAGUGGAGGAGCUCUCACGACUGAGCCUCUAGCACUCUUCAAAAACAGAAAAAAAAAAAAAAAUUAAAUGGGUGAACACAUAAAAAAUAUAUAUGCAUUAUUACAUUUACAAAAAGAGAGUGCCCAAGCUGGGUCCAUAUUUUCAGAUUGUUCGGCUAAGUGCUGCCUGUUAUCUGUCUGGUGUUAUUUUUAAUUUCAAAAUGUCAUUUAUUGUGGAGGUGCUGGCUUAGAGAAAGGCCAUAAAUAAUUGCUCUGGACAUACUGCUAAAAAUCCUCUCCCAUUAUGAUUAUUAUUACUGGCAUCUUCCCAAAUUCUAUUUCUUUUCCCCAUGCAUGGAAAUUAAAUUAGCCACUGUGAAGCAGGUUAGAAAUGUAGGUGAAUGUUGUGCAGAACAUGUCAUGAGCGUUGUCUCUCCAUUUCCCUGGUCCUCCACCCCUCCUCCUCCUCCUCCUCCUCCUCCUCCUCCUCCUCCUCCUCCUCCUCGUUCUCUGUGGAGCCAGUUCAGAUGAAAGUUUGCUAAGAGUUGAGAGAAAAAAAAAAGCUGCAUGGAGUAAUAUCCUUGAAUCCGUACCAGCAGGUUCAGAAGAGUUGCAGCGUUUUCAACAAUACGGCUUUUAUUUUUGACAGCAACUCCAGAGGUUUCAUUCAGGGUGUACCGACACUGUUUUUAAAUCUAGCCAGGUAGGAGACAGAAAUGUAGUUUGGAUGUGACAAGCCUGUCUAAUCGGACUGAGAGCUGUAAUUUGACAUGGUUUGUUCAUCCUCUAGCACCAAAAAAGGGUCUUUUUCCAGAAAUAGACAUUCUGAAAUAGUGAGAGCUCUGUGUUACUCACUGACCUAAAAACGACUGCACAAUGCAUGCUCAAGGUUUAUAAAUCUGGAUGCAGAGAUGUAACUAUUAGUAACUAUAAUAAACUUGUUGUUUGUGCCAUUUUAAUGAAAAAACGUGACAAACAGUGCCUUUAUCUAUCAUGUUCAGGCUUUAUUUUAGUCCUAAAAAGGUACCCCUGUGAGAUAUGACUACAGCGUACUGUGUGUGAGGUAGUGUUUCCCUCUGCAGCCUAUGCGGUGCUUGACAUUUCGUGACGUUUCUGAGAUGCACCGAGUGCAGCUUCCCCGAAUCACGUGAUCCCAGUAUCUCCUUCUAAUGCUGCUCAAACAUGACUUUCAACUCUCUAAUCUCCUAUCUGGAGUCAUGAGCGGAAAUGAGUGUUUUUUGAAAAUGCAGAUGCCAUUGGCAGAGGAGGAAGAAAAAAAAAAACAGAGCGGGUUAGGGAGAGCUGGACUCCUAGCACUUUUCUUUUUCCCUACCUUGUUAUUUGUCGCCUCACCCCUGCAGGGCAUGCUGACAGGAACUGAUAAACCUCUUUAUGGGCUGAACUGAAUUGGCUCCUAUUAUCCAAGGUGUGGAGCAGCUCAAUGGUAGAAAAUAAAAGACUUUAUCCACUGCCCAUCUGCCCACCCGUUACUCUCUGCCCAGUUCCCUGGGAUUCCACGAGGCUGUGUCCCAUUUGUGCUUGUAAUAGUUGUAUAGCUUGGCCUGGAAAAAAAAAAAAAAAGACAACAUUAACGUCUUUGGAGAAAAAUAUAUUUUUCUGCCAAAUGCCUCAUUUGAAUAUGAGCCUAAUAGCCACAGCUUUUGCCAUGAAAAAUAAAUUGGAGUCAUAAAAAGUAUUUUAGUAUAUGGGUGUUGCUCCUGUUGUGUUAUAUAGGCGCAUAUCUGGGCGUGAUUGUAACACUGAACAGAGGAAAAGGAUUUGCUUAUAGAGGAAUGGAGCCAGAUCUUUAAUGUUUGACUUGUAAUCAAGAGAGGAAAUCUUUGAAAAGUCACUCUUGUGGCUUUUGGCUUUCUAAAAAGCCAAUCUGGCAUCAUUACAUUGUAACAGUGUUUAUUUUAAGGAUUUUGCUGUUGUAGCACAGUUUGAUUCUGAUGCCAGAGAAGGUCAUUCUGAAAAAACAAGGGGCCCCAGAGGGUUCGAGCUGUAGUCAGAUCACUUUGAACAUGUAGUGAGUUGACUCUUUGCUUCUUUUUAAAAUGAUGGGUAAUAUUUCCCCAAGUUAAGAAUAACAAUUGUAAUCAACAUGCAAACUUAAUCGUGAUUUAUUCUGAGAAAUAUCGAGAAGUCAUUUUCUAUGUUAAUCUAAAACUACGUGGGAUAGUUGUGCAGUUGUGUGAUAGUUAGACUAAUUUUGGACUCAGCCAUGUUACUUUUUUUUUCCUUUCAAGCGCUGUACAGAGAGAAAACAUAGGAUCUGUGUGUGUUUGAUAUAAAGAGCGACUUCAUUCAAACUUUAUUUAAAUGAGGUGUAAAUGAGAACGUUUUAAUGAGAACUUUUUUACACUGGAUUCAGCUGGUGAAAUGUGUGCAAGCUGAAAAAAGAGUACAAGUUUAAUCAAAUUGCAUUUUUUAUUUAUUGCGAUAAAUUCAGACCUCUACACCGGUAGUCGAUAAUGCUAAUAUUGUAAAGAGAAAUUUAUUUUUUGAUAUACGUUUAGAAGAAGGGUUUCAUUUUCAUUCAUAUCUACACUGGAAAUCGCUAGCAUGUUUCUUCAGUGUCACUUUCAACAUUUCAGUUAUCAGGAUGACCUUAUUCAGACAGGAGGGAGGAAGAGUUUUUAUUUUUUCACAUGAGUUAGACAGUUCAGCAGUCACGGUAAAUAUAAAUAACAAAAAAGUUAAUGAAGAGAAAAAUAAUAGUCAUAUCAGAAAUGAGUUAUAUAUAUUGUUAUUCAUUCGUGUAUUUGUUAUAAUUUCACUGGAUAUUCAAUCAAUGACUGUUGGUAAAAGACAACGUUUAUUACUGGACAAUAAAAAAAGAACCAAGACCCAGAGAAAGCAGUGAAUGACACAUAGUUCAAGUGGAUAAUACUCGACUUUUAAGAAGUGCUAUGAUAUUUACAAGUGCUACCGUAAUGCUCAGUUUGACUCAAAUCUACUCCUGAUCGCAUCAAGCUAAAGCGACUAAAGCUGAUUUUUGAUUGCUGACUCACUGCACAAACCUCCUGUCGGACUGAAAUGACAUUUCAGUCUGAUUAUUGGCUUUAAAAAAAUGUGAAGAUGCAAGAUGACGGUUAAAGCACGCUGUGUUGAAAACAUAUGGGAGCCUUGAGGCUGGCACAUGUCUCGCCAGUUUAAUGUCUGCUAAGUGCAGGAGAAUCACUGUCGCAGUGAUUUGUGUCUUUAAACGGGCUCUUUUUUUUUAGCGGUUUGAAGCAGGAUGUUUCACUUUUUUCGAACACUAGAAUAAAUUGAUCUUUACACAGAGUACAGCCUGGUGCUCAUUAAAAUGCAAAGAGGCUUUAUUCUUGAUUAUAGGGCCACCUGAACUGUACUCAUAGUGACUGAGGGCUGCAGACUGUCUCCAGUAACUGCAUGAAUUGUAGUGAUUUGGAAGUGUCCUUUUGGAAGCUGUAUUACAUACUCUAUUACUAUUCAAAAACUUGAGUCUGCUUGAAAUGAUAUAACUAUCAGAAGUACUGUAAUUGUUCUUAUGAAAUGGAUUAACAUGAUUUUAAAUUGAGCUGACAGUCUGUUCUCUUAAGUCAGACUGUCAGAAAUCCAAAGAAAAAAUGAGCAUACCGCCAAAAAGUCACUUUCUAAAUUAAUUUGGAGCUCACUGUUUGCCUUUUUUUUUUUAAGUGGAGGAAAAUUAUUUCACUGAAUGCCAAAUAACUGUUUUGGGAUUAAACUGGCUGUGAUUUUAAAAAUAAUUAAAUUAUUGCAGUGAUGCAUCGACAGUAUUUCAUCUUCAGUAGCUUAUCGAGAGCAGACUGCUGUUUUAAAGAGCCAAGUAAUCUAAUUUAUCUCACUUUUGAGCGUUUUGGUUGGUAUUGAUAAUAAACAACCCUGUUUUAUCUUGCAAAUGCAUACGUUUCUGGAUGCAUUGCCGUGCUUUUAAGGAUCUCAUUUUAAGCAAUUAACAAAAUGGCGAAAUGGCGACGAUCGACAGACUCAUCAGCGUUUAAAGUGUUUCAAGGUCAAAAGGGGAUGUCUCACAAAGAUCACAGUGUCACUUAAAAACGGCGCAGCGUCGGAGUCCAAUGAGACCUAGUUAUAAAGAAGUUAACUUAUUCAGUGUCACUCUGAGAAGACAAAAAAAAAAAGAAGCGUGUUGAAAUGUGAGAUUGUUGAAGGUGUCUGGAUUCAGUUGCGCUCACUUAAUAUUAGUAUCAAUCGUCUGGUUUAAGAAAAACCAAUGACAAGGAUCCAAAAUCCUCGAGAGAAGAGGGUUAGGCUCUGUGACAGGGAAUCUCUCCCUCAAGCCAAGUGCAUAAUGACUCUGUUUGCAGUGGAACGCGUGGAGCCAAAGAUGGAUGUCUAGUUUACUGUAGCACUAUCUGUGGAGUUUUGGACUGCUUUAAGCAAGUUAUCAAAGCCAUCUGUUAGGGCCCAGGGGCCGAGGCUGAUUAAUAUCGCCAAGGAUUGGGAAUGUCACAGAGGAGCUGAAGUCACAGACUCAGACUACAAUAUUUCUUCAGCUAAUUGAAGGAUUUAAGGCCUCACUCCAAACAUUGUGAUUGUGAUCUGUCAGCAAGGUAGCAUCAAGAAAGGUAUGACUCUGGGUCACGCUGUUUCUCAGUCAGUUUGGUCUGAAUACAAAAGAGCUGAAAAUGUGUUCAACUGCUUGUUUCGCAUGUUUUCAGAGCCAUAUGUGUGUCCUCUGUGGGAUAGUAUGUAAGUUAAUGUAUGCAUCCUGGCAAGAAAGUCAGCAACUGAGCCUAGAAACAGGCAAAGUUUUGGUCAGACUUGAUUGGUUCGAAGGAAGAAAGGAGAGUAAAAAGCCCCCAGGCUAAGAUGCCCAAGUGUUUCCUCAUGCAUUUUCUUAGAGUAAUUAAGCAGCUCACCAUAAACAAAGUGCUAUAGAGAGAAUUUAAGGUGUCGUGUUAAAUUUAAGUUGCCACAAAGUUACAGUUAGUUAGCAAUCAGUGAAUUACUACCCCAGUUAUAGUGAGCAAUUUUAAACCAGCUUUAAUCUUAUUAGCAUUUAGAUGGGCAUGCUAAAUGGGAUAUUGCACAGGACACAAUAAAAAAAGAAAACACCCAAUUCAUUGACUGUGUGCUAACCACUCACAAAUACAUCAAUAAAAACAAUCACCAGUCGUCCUGCACUGCCCAUCCUUGCCAUUUGAAUUAUUUCAGUUCAAUUUAACUGCAGCGUCCCUCCUCUCUCCGGCACACACCACAACAUUGGAAGUGCUCAGUGACUUUCUAUUUUGGACUAAUAAUCCAGAAAACAGAUUUCCCUUUCAGACCAGUAAGCUAAGCGUCAUUGAUAGUUAAAGGAAGACAUUAGCAUGAGUCGGUGGUUAAUGACAUUGUUUAAUGGUGUGUUCACUUCGUUAAUAUGGCUGACAACACAGACACAUUAUGCUCACAACUUUGAGUUGUUGGGAGUUCAGUAUGAAGAGUCACUUUCAGGGAUAAGUUCACAAAUUUUUUAAUAAAUCAUUUUUCAAAUGGCUUUCUGCCUGGAGGCGAGUCUACAGGGCGGCUGAACGGGGACUGAUGAGCAGGUUAAAAGUGCUAAACAUACAGGGCAAAUAGCCGGGAGCAAUCACAUAGAUUUCAGAAGAUUUAAAUAGCCAGCAAAUGAUGAAAAAUGAUGAUUUAAAAGAGUAGAGAGUGAGGGUUUUAAAUGGUGGCUACCCUGAGACUUUAUUAGUGAAGGCUUGGAAAGCUGAAUAAUGAAGUCUUUCACACUAAUUUAGAUGCUUCAUUAAAAUAAAAGGCUGUUUUGAAGGCUGGUCAUUUCUGUCUGCGAGUUCACAAAACAAGGGUGUAUAUUUGCCUCUUAAAGAGACCCAUAUGACACAGAAAUGCACACAAAGAGCUCUGAUCCUAUAGUGAACCUCCAAGAUAGCUCACAUAAUUAGUAUAAUCUCUGCAGGAUGCAUUCACUCCUUACAGUUAAUUAUAACAAAUUCCCUCUCCGUGAUCCACAGCGUGCACGGAUCAAAUGUUCCAACUGCAACAGACAGAUAGAAGCAUCUGUCACAAGUCUCCGUCUUCACAAACUCUAAGCCCUAUGUGGUCAUCCAGAGCCGCGUCGCCUUGUCUUCACAUGCUCAGAUGAAGAUAGCUCUUUAUAGCUCUGGUGCUCUUAUUGCUCUCUAAUUGUGGGAUUUCAGACCUGAACGCAUGCCGUUUCUUAAAAACCCUUUUCAUUGCAUUUAGAGGCCCUUAAAAAAGCGCGACGCACUCAACCUUGAGAAUGUAUCAAUAAUUCAAACACAUCAUCCUCUCAUGAUGGGGCUGUCUGAAAUUGGGGAGGCUGUGUCUGAGGGAUAAUAUUGCUCUCUGUCACAUCUGACUAGCUGUCACCUGCUCGAGCAUGGCUACACUGGGCUAAUAAAUGCAGAGUCAAGGCGGGCACAUUUUCAUGAUUCGCAGAACAGUACGGGCUGCCCUUUGCAGGAGAUGUGACUUUCAGAUCUUACAGUGAGCAUGCAGGAGCUGAAAAUAUUUUUUGACUAGUCGUCAGUUUAAAUAAAUAUUUCAUUCUGGCCAAAACAGAACAAACAUUUUCCCUUUUUUUUAUAUAGCGAACAACUACAUUUAGAAAGUGGACCGAUGCUGAAAUGAGUUAGAGCAAAUCUGACCGAUUUUUGACAACCCCAGUUUAGAUGAAAUAACUAAAUCUGCUGGCUGCUGAUUAUUUGCUCUAUGCACUCUACAUCUAACUUGGUGUUGCGCUUUGUGGUUGUAAGGUGCAUUACAGAAUGGGACAACUGAUGUACCUGCACCGAGGAUUCAUGACAAGUAUUAUCAGCACUGCACCAUACUCUUAAACCAGGUAUCAACUCUUGUAAUUGCACUGGAAAUCAAAUUCAGUCUCCAGUGUUCGUGCCUUUCAUUACUCUUAAAAAAUGAUCUUAGGGACUACAUUAUGUUUUAAGUUAUAUUUUAUAAUGUAUUAUAAUUUGUCAUACUACAUGAAUGUGCAUGUUCUCUUGCUGUAGUUUCAAAAUUGAAAUUAAAUUAGUUGAAUGACUUAAAGAACCGGAACUAGGCAUGGGCAAUCUGGGCUGAUGAAUUUAUCACAAUAAGUUUUGCCAUUCUGGCGAUAACAAUAAAAGCUACAAAAACUAAAUACAUAAAUAAAUAAAAAAAUUUCUAAUUCUAAUCCAUGUUUUUCACUCAUUCUGUCUGGACAACCCUACAGUCAUUGUUCUUGAAUGGCACUUAUCAGUUAGCAUAUUCAAAUAAGAUACUUAACUACAAAUUUAAGUGGUAAGUCAUGGAGAAAAUUUGUGACAUCAAACAAGUCUGAAAUGUAUGACAGAGUAUUAGGGCCACAUUAAGAAAAAAAAAAUAUUAAGACUUCGUAAUUACUUACGAGAAUAAAGUCGUAAUUAGAUCAUUAUGUACGAGAGUAAAGUCGUAGCUAAUAGCUAUUCUAACCUGUUGUUAGUUGUUUAAAUGAGCGCUGUGGAGCAUUUAGAUGAAUUGAACUUUAGUAGCUAGGUUUCACAAACAAGGAGAUAAAUCCUUUGGUGUUUCAGCAUCACAUUGUCGUAAGUAUCAGGACAUAUGCAAGAAAUGUAUCUUUUCAGCAGAAAGAACCAGGCGGACUUGUAGGGAAUCGCUGUUUUUGAGGAGGUGGAAAUGGCUGUGCAGAGGUGAAAUCCCUCAAUGCAGCCGUUUAUAGCAAUAGCAUAUGGCUUUAGUUUAUCAUAUGAAUCUAUGGUGCCUCUGCAGGUGUAGGUUGCUGCUGGUGUUGUGCUGGCAUCAGAGCUCGACUCCCUCUGAAUCACAAAUGUUGAUCAUCAGUUGGAUUAUUUCUUGAGAAACCACAAAAGCCCCCUGAAUGGCCCACUGAUGCACCCACAGAUAACUCUGCAGUUGACCAGUUUCAGCCAUUUCCUCCUCCACAAAAGCAGCUUUAAGACUUUAUUGACUUUAGGACUUUAUUCUUGUAAGUAAUGAUCUAAUUCUAAGUAAUCUCAAAGUCUUGAUUUUUUUUUUCUUGAUGUGGCCAUAAUACUCGUAGAAAUGUGAAAACACUUUGUACAAUAAGAGUUUUGAAUACAUGUUUAGAGUGAACGGCAACAGAUCCACUGUCUAAUGACAGGCAUACCUCUUUGCCUUUUUCUAAGCCCCAACCUUAAAGGAAAGUUUCUCGCAUUUAUCGUGAGAUGGCAAAAAUUAAUUGUGGAGGAUUUUUCUGACGAUUAAUUGUGAACGAUAAUUUAUCGCCCAUCCCUAACCUGAACAUAACUUUUUAUACUGUAUGUGCAACCAAGAUGUUAAUGGAAAUUUGUUUAAAGCGCGAAAUUACUUAACAGAAUCUUACUGGUUGAGAAUUUUGGUUGGACAGAUAAAAGAGAAAAAAAAAACAGGGUUAGGGUUAAGUAGUCUAAUUGUUGGUUGAGAUGAGUUGAAGUCAGAGUGAAAUCAGACACAUUCAAACAGAAAAACUUUUUUCUCCUCUCAUUGUGGACAGUUUUACUUUGAGUCGACAGCAGUGUAUCUUCAUCUUGUGCAGCUUUUAUCCUCAAGCUCCAGCCUGCUUCCAACUCUUUAUGUGUCGUCUCAAUGGGAGAACUACAAUUAUGCAUGUAACUUCAAUGAGAAAUCUGAUACAUUCUCUCUUUGCAUAAAAAUCCUGCCCUUAGCAUUAAAAGACUGCGCUGCUACUGUGGAUUUAUCGAGCUUUAUCUGUUUGAAAAAAAAUCCUUUUCCAAAUUCACAUGUGAUCAAUCCAGUUCUGUGAUCCAUAUUGUACAUCGCAGCAGUAGAAAGCCUGCAGUGACUGAAGUGAAACACUUGAGUAAGCUCUUGAAUAUUUUAUUGGGUGUGAUGCAAGAGUUGGGUGCUGUUGUCGAAUCUGUAAAAGGCCAUCGAUGAAAUUCAUUACGCAGUGUAUCAACUUUAUUAAAAGAUCCGCCGAUUGAGUAAAGAGGUCUUGAAAAUCUAUUACCUGUUGUCAUUUUCCUUGAUGAGAUAACAAUGGAUUUGACUUGACUCUUCAAAUUAGAUUCAUACAUCAUUGUGACUCAAAAUGAAUACAAGGUUUUUCUGAUCGAUUUGGUUCCUUCCCAGUAACUCCUUGUACCAGAUAACCAAACAUGGAUAAUAAGAAGAUAGGAGAAGUCAUUAGCCACUGUUAAUCACGAUGGAAGUUGGUCUUGUUCAUUGUCGCUCCAGUAUCUUCGACCUUGUGCGGUGAGAAUAUUUUGGUGAUGUAAUGUAAUCAGAGAUGUCUAUCUCAGAGAAGUUUUGGCUCAAUUAGUCCUCCUGAACACUCGAGGCUGAGUGCCGUGCUAAUUUUAUCCUCCACUCAGCACCUGCAGUGCAGUCAGUGCGCUCUCACAUGCACUAACUUUGUGAUAAGGAAAUAUUCAUGAGGCAUGUUUUGGCGUUAGUUAUCCACAGGAGUUUCUUGUCAUUUUAUUAAUAGGGGAAUUCUUGGAACUUGUGCAGGACUACAAACACAUUAAGCAGAUUACAUCAAAAAUCAACAAUCAAUGUGGUUGGAAUUAGAGAACGCUGCCGUGCUCAUCUUCGCCCAUUUGAUUAUCUUGCUUAGUCGCCUUUCAACAAACAUCCCCCAAAAAUAAACAGUCAUGAAGAGAUAAUGUUAAGUUUCAUCGGGAACGUGCUUUGCCUCCCCUGGACUGGGGAGAUGUUUGGACAGUCGAGUGAAAAAUUGCCCCAAAAUCUGACCAAUGAAUCGUUUUACACAUGCUUUAAUGCAUUUCAUAAAUAAUCUGCCCGAGAAGGUAAUUAGUGCAGGUGUUUACACAUACUUCUGCCAUCAGGGUGCACAGUAGGAUCGCAGUUGGCUGAGUGAGUUUGAGGUUAUUAAAUUAGGCCCAAAGUAACAGGAAGAAGGAUGAGCUUCAGUUAGGCAGGUAUGAGGCACAGCAUAUCGGCCCUAUUUAUCAUCCAAACAAAAAAAUACACAUUCAGGAAAUUAUGCAUGUUCACGUUAUCUCCCUUAUGAGACACAGAUUCAGUGUUUCCAUAAUCAGGCCAGUAUGCAGAAAAGAUUUUUCAUAUUCAUGAGCGGUCAAUAGUAAAAUAACAUCUCCCAAGGGCAGGUUUCCAAAGACGAACAAGGGGUUGCUCCUAAAAAUGUAAGAAGUAAACUGCUGAACUUUAUGCAACCAAACAGGAGGGUAAAUCAUCUACACCAGGAAUUAACAAUAUACUGCAGAAGGAAUAAGAAAAUAGGAAAACUGAGAUGGUUUUGCUAGCAUCUUAAAACUUUCUUUGCAAGGCCUUUGAAGAUCCUUCUCUAUAUUACAUUUAAAAACCUCAGAGACCUCUUCAUCAGUUUCCCCUCACUGACUGGGACCUGCUGUCUGCCUGUGUCCUACUGGCAUCACUGUUGAAACAUUUCCUUCUGUCACUUUUUCACAAAGUCAGGUUGAUGACAAGCCGAUCCCUGGGGGGAUUCUUGAGCAAAACAACACACUUGUUUUUUAAGAAAUUUACAGCAGACAAAUAUCAUCUUUGUCUAUGGAGGUUAAUAGGCAGGGACGCCAUAUGCUGGAAGGUGGGUGAGGUCCAAAAUCUCUGGUUGCCAGCCCAUGUAAAAAAAAAAAUAGAUCAUUAGGGAUGACCAUACUUAGACGGGAAGCAAGGAUGACAGGUGGCGUAUUGUAGUGCAUUGUAGUUUGCUGGUAGUUUGAUCUAGAAAUUGGAGAUUAAGUUGUAUAUAGGCCGUCUGGUGGGACUAGCUCACACUUGAGGGUUUAAACCUGCACAGAGAACCAGUGGUGCUAGCUCUGCCAACCGUCAAUGGAAGUUAAGCUAAACACUGGCAGCAACUCAGCUGCCUGGUACAUCCAUUGCGAUUGCAAUUUUCGUCCAACUCCACUCCUUUUCGCUUUGUUUGUGGCAUGAUUUUUGUACAUUUGUUUUGGUAUGCUUGUUGUGCUCCUUUUUCACUCAGCUUGCUUUCUGAUUGGCUGUUGUUUUGUUCUACUUGGCUGUCAUUGGGGUCCUCCCAAACAAAUUAGGGUAUUUGAUUAUGAUCAGCAAACAGGUUUAAGACAAAUGAUUUCAAAUCGGGGGGCGGCCCCAAUCCUCUUGUGAGCAAAUUAGGGAGAGUAAAUCACUUUUAACAAACACCAGAGGUCUAGAUGGAAAAUCCUGGAGGAAAAUCUAAGGAGCUUUGAAAAAUCUCUUUUUUUUAUUAUCAUUAUUUUUACCUUUACACUUGUUGAAUGUCAAUGAUAACGAGAGGAAAUCAUUCCCCCCAGAAUAUACGUAGUUAUAUCUAUUUGAGGUGUUUGAUGUUUAUAUGACUUGAAAAUAAAUUAACAUAAAUUACAUAUGUUAUAUUUGCUGAUUUACAACAAAUCUUUGUCUUUAGCACGUGUCCAACCAUAAAGGGUAAAUAAUCUAAGGGAAAAACAAGGGUUACUUUUCGAUUCGAUCGCUUAUGAAAUAUACAGUAUAAAGACACCAAAAUUGUCAUGCAACUGUGUUUUCAGCAGUUGAUUUGCACACAACAGCAAAUAAUCAACUGAGCAAACAGUUUUGUCUAAAAAUAACAAAGACAGAAACAAACAAAAAACACGACUGAUCUCAUUCUGCAUUUUAAAUGCGAGCCCAGUCACGGUCAUUUGAAUGCGGCUGGUCUAAAUAAGCAGCGGGGGUGCCACCGCUGUUAGAUUUCAAGGUCAUCCAGCAAAAUAUUAAUCCUUCUUAAACAAGACAAUGUCAUGCAGCAAAGCGAUGCAUCAGACAACCAAAUGAAUGCACAUGCAUGUUCCUUGUGGAUUUCUUUGUUGUGUAAAAGUGGUAGUUUAAUGGAUUACCUCCCACUAGUUGGGAUGAAGCCAAAAAUAAUUGCUGCUGUAUUUUGUUUGCGCUGUAAAAACCUUGCCUUAUAAACCACUAUGCAGCAUUUGGCAUCUGAGAGCCCAUCCAAUUCAAGUACCUGUCACUCAAACUGGACUCCCUGGCCUGUGUUUCAUGUCUGUCUGGUACCUGAAGCUACAUGCCCUCUCUCUUUCAUAGCUGAAGCUCAGGGUUGCUCUCAGUGUGAAUGCUUGGGUUGGCAUGAGUUGCCUCAUAGCGAGACCUCGCUGUGUUUGAUUCAUGGUCAAAUCGCUGUCCUUAGUGAAUAUGUUCUCCUUUUGAAUGUUGCGUGGGAGAACUGUUUCCUUCCAUAUUAUAAAGAGUCGGGUGAAGUGGAGACUGUAAAUUACCCAUAAGUGUGUCUCUAUUAGUCUCUCUAAGAACUGGCAACCCAUCCAGUGUGUCAUGAAAGGAGAUAGAAGCCUUAAUAUGCCUCAAUUGGAAAGAGCAGAAACUAUAAUGGCCCUUAGUUUAAGGACGGUUAUGUGAAUGGGUUGCUUUAUAGUUGAACACAUUGGAACAGCUGGUGCUAAUGGACUAAAAAGGUGGCACUAAUUGAAAAGAGUUUGGUGUGUGGUUUGCUGUUACCAUAGUUUAUUACCUGCUGAUGUUAUGAACUACUUCACCUAAUGUUAUUUAAAAUUUAUCACAGAGGCUGCGCGGUGUUUAGAUUUAAAAGAGAUUUCUCCAGCACCUUUGUUGCACUCAGUAAAAACUAUGCACUUAGUAGCUGUCAGCCACCACUUAAACCAGGGUCCUGGAAGGGAUUUAUCAAAGCUUGCGUUCUUAUUAAGUAAAACUAUUUAAAUCAACUUAUCUGUAUGACACUUUCACUGUGUGUGUGGAGAGCCCCCCGAUUGUAAGGUAGCGCCAGUCGGCGGUGCCAGUAAAGUCCUUCAGAAACAGAUUGUGUCGGAAGUGAUUAGUUUCACACCAUUCAUCAAAAUCAAAAAGCAACCCAUAAAGCAGCAAUAGUUUUCACACUUGGCAAGCUGACACAUCUUAAACAUUUUCAGAUUCAGAUUCAGUUUGCCAGAACAUAAGGUUCUGAAAACAACAUAUUUAACACGGUCCAAACAUCACUGCGGAAAGAGCCAAUAACAGGGGAGGGUUACGAUGUGUAUGAUUGUUGAGAAAUUGGUUUAGCACAUAACAGAAAACAGUGACAGUCCAUGUUGGAGUGCCUUAAAUGCCUGUGAUGCGCAGUAGUUGGUAAUUAUGUGGUAUGAAGUGUUGACUGGUGAUAUCUUGAUCAAAUGGAUAAUUACUGGAUGUAAAUUAGGGGAAUUUUAUUUUAUAUAUAUCCUCGAGUAUCCUCGAGAUAAUGUUUGUAUAUAAUUAAAACAAUUAUGUACAUUAACAUCUUCCAGUUACAUAUUUUCAACCAGAAUGAGACAAUGAAAGGUUGACAUGUUACAUCUGAUGUGAAUUCCACUUUGUUAUAUAACAUUGCCAUUAAAUCAGUGACAGUGCACUUGGUUAGUUUCUACAAACCCCGUUCUUCCCUGAGCUGUCUAUUUUACUUUAGUUUCUGAAAUCUCACAAAAAGUUUGGAUGUGAUCCAGGGCCUCAGGUGUUUUGUCCACAGUGGAAAGAAAAGUGAAGUGGAAGAGUAGACAGUCGUGUGGGGGUCUCUCAGUAACUAAGCGGAGUAUCAUCCUGGUGAUAAACUCAGAGGCAUCUCUACCUCAGCUGACCUCAGCCCUUUAAUUUCUGUAAAAGUUCGUAGCAACACGAGGAUAAUAUAUGUUUAAAAUAGAUUCACUUUUUAAAAAAAGGCCCAAAUUUUGAGAUUUCAAUGGCAGCAACUUAUUGAAAGUCAUCAAGUGUUACUUUACUGAGGAGAAGAUUUGUUAUCAUUGAUAUGCUUGAAUACAACAACACUGAUGUUGAUCAUAUUACCUAUCUGGUAGCUUUUUAAGUCAUAUAAACUCGUAUUUAUAAGAAGAUAAUGCAGUAAUUAAUGAUAUAAGAUCAAGUAAAUUGACAAAAGUAAGCCUUCCAAAAAUAAAAGGACAGCUGGAAAUAAGUCAUAUGAAGGCCAAAUCGAGCACUCUGUUUGAAGACAGCUGAAAAACAAAGAAGAAAUGUGGUAACAUCUGUGGGCUGUACACGGCCAUGUCUGAGAAUUCAUUCCAUGAAUCAAAUGAACUGUGAAUCAAACCUGGUCACUGGCGUUAGGAAUAACAACGUGGAGAAAGUAGAUCUCCCUUCAGGAUGGUGUUGUUUGCUCGUGUAGAUCAUACAGGGGACAAAGUUGAUCAAACUAGACUUACAGAUUUAAGGUAAGCAGAGAAUCGUGGUUUUGAUUAAUGUUACUAAGAGAUUGUUCUAGGCUUGCUGUAUGUAGAAAAAGUGUCACAGGAUUACUUUGUAGUCAUUCAGCGCUUAAAAACAAUAUGUUUGUUUGAAUCACAGCCAACACUGACUUCUAUCAUAUGGUGUUUCGUUUUGCAACAGCCAAAACCAAAGCGUUUUUGCAGGUUUCACCCUAACAGAGCAGGAUUUUUUUGGAGUCAGGUUUACAGAGCUCAGAUUUGUCCAGCCAGUACAAGUUCUGUGCUGAGUAAUAAACUUUGAUGUAUGAGGUAAUCACAGAACUCUGAAUUAUUGCCCACCUUGUUACACUUUCUGGCAUCAGGGAGAGUUUGCAGCAAAGGCACAGAUGGUUGAUUCAUAGAAAAUCAACAAAACAUAUUUAAGGAUUGAUGUUCAUUUUUACACUUUCGGGAGGCAAAAUAAAAACCGACUCCCAAAAGAGAAGAGGGGGUCAUUUUUUGAUGCUUAUGGUUCACUAUUUUGACAGAACCCAGCUUUUUUUCCUUUAUGUAGCUCAGUAAAUACUGAGUUCAGCACUUUGAUUUUUCAGUCUGAUGAGAGGAAGACCUUUGUGUGUGUGUGUGAGAGUGAGUGUGUACACGCAAAUGGUAAAACAGCCUACAGUACUCCUAUCUAUCUAUCUAUCUAUCUAUCUAUCUAUCUAUCUAUCUAUCUGUCUGUCUGUCUGUCUGUCUGUCUGUCUAUCUAUCUAUCUAUCUAUCUAUCUAUCUAUCUAUCUAUCUAUCUAUCUAUCUAUCUAUCUAUCUAUCUAUCUAUCUAUCUAUCUAUCUAUCUGUCUGUCUGUCUGUCUGUCUGUCUGUCUGUCUGUCUGUCUGUCUGUCUAUCAUUAGUUUUUGUUUUGUUUCUCAGGAUGAAAGUCACUGAAAACUGUGCAGGUGACAGGUGUUCAAAUGUCUUACUUUGUCUCGCACGUUAAUUGAAAUCACAGCAGCUUCUGAGGAGCAUUACCACUCAUUUAAUGUCGUGUUGUGACAGCCCUGUCAUGCAGGCUUAUAUGGCAACACCGAACACAGAAAAAAAGGAAAAAAAAGAGUUGUCCACGUGUUUGCUCAUGCUAAAUCACCACCUUGAGAAAAAUUCCCUCAAAUUUAAAGUGUAAUUAGCUGUAUGAAAGUGCAUGGCAGUUGUGCUUUCUGCUCCCAGUCCUAUCUGAACACUCAGUAUUUUGUCUUUGGCACACAAAUAGGGCUGCUGCAGUGUACAAGCACUGAUGGUAACAGUCUUCAUUAAAUUAUGAAAUAUUGAUACAGGACUAAAAAUAAGCAAACGGUUUUAACGUGGGUUCAUAGCGGUGGUCUUUUAGACUGGUGACCACAUGUUAUUAAACAUAGGAGAGCUGAAGCAGCAGCAGAUGUCUGCUUUCUUAAGAGAUUAUUAGAUACUUUUAAAAACUGGAAUUUUAUGAUUUUUUUUGUCAAUCUAGAAUCUAGCAUUGAAGCUUGUGUCUGUGGGUAACUAAUAGGGUUGCAAAAUUCCAGGAAUUUUCAAAGUUGGAAACUUUCCAUGGUAAUUAACGGGAACAAAUCUGAAAUUUACAAAAUUGAAGGUUAGCCCUCAACAGGGAACUUAAAUAAAGUUCGGGAAAAUAUACUGUAGCAUAAUCUUGGCUAAAACAACCAGAUUUAAUGCAAGUACACUCCUCAAUCACAUGCACACAGCACACUGCGUACUGCAGGGCUGUUGAGGCCACACCCCCUACAUGCACUGUGCAUUCCUCCAUCACAUGCACAGAUGAUUUCUUGAACCCUGGAGGCCACACUUUUGAGCCCAAACACUAUAUAAAGUCAAGUAAGUUUUGAUAACAUUAUGGGGUAAAUCUAUUUGAAAUAUAAUCUUAUUAAUUUUUAACUUGCAAAUAUUAAAUAAAAAUAGGUGUUAAAUAUAAGCUACUUUUCAUUUCAUUGACCAUUUAAGGGGCCAGCUUAUUAUGGUGGUGGUAGCUACCUCAGAGUGAUGCUGUUUCUUUUGUAACCAUACAAUAAUUUAAACAUCAAUUGUCAAAUAUUUUGAAGACCAUUCCAGUUGUUUAGCGAACUACAUUUAUGUUCAUGCCAUUGCAUUAGUGUUUUUACAAGCUUUUUAGUUAUUUUAUUCUACAGUUUCCAAUUUGGAAUAUUUCCAAAGUUCCCCAGCUUAACUUCCAAUGGAAAGUUUCUGAAACUUUUCUUGGAAAUUUUCCACCCCUUUGCAACCCUAGUAACUAAUCAACUGAAUGCCUUUACCUUACUUUCACGUUUUACCAAAAGUAGCACUUAAAAAUAAAAGCAUAGUUUUAAAUUGAAGGGAAAAAAAUAACAAAAUAAAAGCAUCCAAAGAAAUCGUUUCAUGAGGCUUUGUAUGAGGUAAUCUAUUGGGUAAUUUUGUAAUAUUGAAUUUCAGAUUAAUCUCAUAUCCUAAUCUUACUUGCUGAUAAACUUUGUAAAUCUCUAGUUUCUGUUUGUCUGAAGGACUUCUGUGUGCCUCCAUGUCGAGGUUCAGGUCUACAAAACCCCUCCUAACUUGACUGCAGGUGUAUCUUUGUUCAAACCAAAGUCAUUCUGUGCAUGUUAAAAAAAACCAAAACACAUAAAUAUUCCAUCCGCUUUUACCCCCUUUAGUGACAACUAAUUAUUCAGCACUUUGUUGUGAUUUCCCAAAAGGCAGACAUUAACAUUCAAACUGAUGAAACUCCCAUAAUCAAAGAGUAUUAUGGGUUUUCUGAUUCUGUGCAUUGAUGUGCAUGACUGUCGGAUAAUGCAAAACAUCAGAAAUAUCAAGUAUCAAACCUGCACCCAAAAAUGGAGCCCAGGUAUGCUGAAUGAUUGACAUGCAGUGAAUCCUUCAAUAAUCAAAGGGUGCAGUAAUGCUGCUUGUUUCAUGUGCAGCCGUCCUCUCCAUCUGAUUGCUGCCUGUGGAAUGUGGCUGUGCCGCGGACCAGGACUUUAAUUAGAAACGACUGGUUUGAAGUCAGACCGGCCAUUAUCUGGCCACCAGAAAGAAAGCGGGAAUAUACACAGACUCUGUUUUCAAAGCUCGAGUAGAUAUGUAUCAAAUAGUUACACAGAUGGAUAAAUGUGAUUCCACGUCUCGCUUGACAUCGUUGCUAAGCCUGUCUUCCACUUUUCAUGCUACUGUGAAAUUACUCGAUUUGCAGCUGCUGCAGGCACAGGCUCGAGGACAAGAGAGUGGAACAGGAUUGCAGAUGCUGAAAUUUGUGCAACACCAUAACAGAAUCAGUGGCUCUGUCUGGAUUUAUCUGAUAAAUCACUCACUGAUGCUUUUACUGCAAUAAAAUGCAACCCGAAAUUAAAUGAAAAUAAUCGUGAGGGAGUCGUCUUUGUGAGUCGCCUUUGCUGCUUUUUGUCAAUGAAAAUUCAGAGUGUGUUCGAGCUUAAAAGAAAUAUGGAAAAGCUCGUGCUUGAAUGAGGAGGUAAAAUGGCGGAGAAGCCCUUCACUUGUGCCCCUGAGUGUCAGCUGGUUGGUGCCUCUUGAUGUAGUCGGUUUGCUAGCAGGCCUUUCUUUUUGCAGCACUUUUCACUGUGGCUCUGUCGUCUUGGGUAGUCUUUUGAUAUUUGUCAGGUUAGACUAGAACCAUGUGAAACUUUCAAAAGAAAGCUGUUGGGGGUUUUCUUUUUCUUUUUUGUUCAGUGUUGAGGAGCCUUGAAUUGUUUUGCUAAAUUCUACAAAUCCAGAGUUUUUCAUUUCUGAGACUUUUUCAAUCAUUAUUUUGACCUUUGAGACACUAAAAGAUUUUUUUUUCUUCCAUUUCUGUGAAUUUAUUGUUUUUCUUUCGCCAGUCAAGUAGGUAUUUGUCAGUAUUAUAUUUGAGUGUUUGGGCAGCUUUUUACAUUUUGUGUCUCAAGGCUUCCCAGCAGCCAUUUUGACAUAACUUUGUUAAUAAACUUUGUUUAAAUAGAACAAAUACAAGCAAAAUACAGUUGGAAAACAGCAAAGAUGAAUAACUAUGAGAGUUUUCUCACCAACCCAUCAGUGGAAAAAUUAACCAAGAAUAAAGAAAGUAUUCCUCAAAAUUUGGCCAUUACAAUCUUUAUGAAAUCUCUACAAUGGUCUUAAGCUUUAGCCUUUUACUUGAAAUAACUGAACAGCGAACCGUGUGCUGUGAAAAUCCAGGAAAGCCCCCCUUUAGCCAUGCCACUUGCUGUCUUCAGCUGUGGUCUCUUUAAUUACAGCAGAAACAAUGGGUCAGUUGUCUCUAUACAGUUUAGAGAGUAACAUCUUUACAACAUGGAGCAGCAUGGAGAAAGCAGCUGUCAGCGAGGAUUUCUCUCUCUCUCCAUUUUUCCUCUCUCCCUUCCCUUUUAUCUGCUCGGCUGCGAUGUUGCUAAGCACCGGGGUGAGCGCCCAUGUUUGAGGAAUAUAUUUGAGUGAGGAAAGCCAUCCACAUAUUUAUUCCUUUCCUCACUGCUGGAUGAAACCACUCAGCAUUUAGAAUAUGGGAUGAGUUUCAUCUGUGCAGGUAUGCCACGGUGAGCUAUCACCAAAGCCCCAUGAUAUUUCAGGGGAAUUUUAGACAUGUGCAUUGCAAUGAAAUAGCUGUUGCAGUGUUGUAUUUACCAGAUAUAAUGUAAUAUAAACAAUGGUGUGGGUAUAAAAGGAUGUUUGUUUGUUGUGAUGCUGGCCAAGAUGGAGCUGAGGUUUGAAUGAGAGUUGGAGGAUAAAAAUUUUGCGUGGUUUAAGAGAAACAAGACGCUUGUUUAAUUUUAGGGUGAUCGCAACAAGGCUUUAAGAUACAUUUUCUCAUAUUUUUUGUUGAUAUAGUCCUUUUUGUAGCAAGCUAAAUCACCUAAUUGUAGCUAUUAUUAAAAAAUGGAUGAGUUGAACUAAUGCAAAAGUUAUUAUAGCUAAAAGAGAAACUCAAGUGUGAUCUAACCACACAGAAGUAUAGUAUUUAUCUAAAGUGACCUGGUGCAAAUGGAACCAAAGAGCUGUCUGAUUCUGUAUCGUCCAAUCAAGAUUCCCGGUGUGAAAAACCUUCUUCUUUGUCACGACUGUCUGAUGACAGCAGUGGGAUUUCCAUAGAAUAGCAAGCUGUGCAGCGAAUACACAGCGCGGUGGGUUGUCAAACAGUUGUACUUAUGAGAUGCAUAAAAUAGCUUGAAAUAAGGUAUAAGCUGGUUUACACCCAGACGGUUACAUGUUAUGUUGCAGAGUCAAAUUGAACAGAACAAAGUAGUGUUUAACCGUCUCCCCUGCAGUGCUGAAAUAAUGACCCGUCUUCAUCUGUGUGUUGUGAUUUCUCUCUCUCUCUCUCUCUCUCUCUCUCUCUCCCUCUCUCUCUCGCUCUCUCUCUCUCUAUAGCUCUCUAGCUUUUCUUCCUCUCCGUCUCUAACUCGCUGCCACUUUUUCCUCAUUUUAGCCAAUCCAGAUAUGUGGCUCAGCAGGAGAAAAACUGCUGUACUGAAACAAGACCAUGAAUAAUUAAAAAACACUGUUAUUAAUGAACUUUCAGACAUUAUGUUAAUGAGCGAGUUCAGUCUAAUUUGUCAGCCAGACUUUUGUUGUCUGUUCCAUCACUUUUCUAUGCAUAUUAAGGGCCUAAUAUAAUAACCCCAAUUAUGACAGGGGAUAAGAGUUGCAUCCUUGUAUGGAACUAAAGUGCUGUUGGACUGCUAGCUUGGAACUAAUGACGCAAAAACCCCUCUUAUUAUCAUUUACUAAUGCAGGAUUAGUUCAGCUGUGAUUUUUGUCAAGUUUAAAAGGCAUUUGUUGAGAGUCACUUUCUGAAACUGGUCCAAGUUUGGCAUUGAAGUUGUAUUUUUGUAGUUUGAGCAACUUGAAACUAAUCUUUUGCAUUAAAAAAAAAGAACUCUAAGGUAGGGCUGGGCAAUAUGGCCUCAAUUUAAUAUCAUGAUAUAUUGAGCGGUUCACUUUGAUAACGAUAAAUGGAUGAUAACUACUCCACAAGCUGCUCACCCCCUCCCGCAUUAACUUUGUCAACUUCAGCCGCUAUAACUUUUGAACCGUCCUCCAUCUCCUCACCUGUCUUUCCCUCUUUGUUAUGGACUGGAUGGGGUGGAGUCACGUCUCUGACGUAGGACAGCAUCUAAUAGAGACAUGAGACUAUAGCCUAUCGACACACAUCCAAAACCAACUUUUAUUUAAUAAUUUUUUUGACACCGAAUAUAUCAAUAUGGGGAAAAUGACGUGGGUUAUUGUAGUAAAUUUCGGUAUCUGUAAAUUUUCGUUUUAUCACCCAGCCCUACUAUAAGGUCAAAUGAGUAAUGUGAAGUAUAAAUCAGGCUACGUGAACAGCUUUAUCACCAUGCCAACUCACUUGCUGUAGAUGUUACAGACUUUUAAAGACUUAAUAAAAUCUCCAUGUCAACCCAUUUGGAAAUGUUCAAUUCCAGCUGAUCUGCAGACUGGUCAAGCUAUUGUAGUUUUUCGCCCGGCUUAUUGAGUCCACCUUAAGUGUUCACUCAGAGAUCUGCACUUUUAAUCGCACUCCCACACUGGGCACUCUUUUCAAUAAUUGGGCUUUCUGCUUGUCUUUUGGUUGUUGUGUUCAAUCACCGACUCAAACCAACUUCUUGGGGAAAUUUGAGCAGUGAGCUUGCAGAGUGAAGUCAGACUGAGCAGGUUUGACUGUUUGCAUUCACACACAUAGCCCACCUGGCUGAUAACAAACAUUUCCAAGCGUGCAGUGCAUCUAUAAGAGUAUCUUAUGAAAAUAACAUCCAUACCUUUUUUCUGAUGCAAGAUUUGUGCAUUAUAAGGGCUGGCUGACAUUUUCAUUUCACUUUGAAAACACAAACCUCUGAAGAACCCUGCCCUCAGACCUCUACCUGAUGUGUGUUGCACUAGCAGAUGUUGAUUAUGAACUCUAGUCAGGGUCAAUUUCAAAACCGACACCAGAAAACAUCACUUUUUCUAUGAUUGAGAGAUAUUUAAUCUGCUGAAAACACAUCAUUGACUUCCUUUAAUCCUCAUGAAUACUGCUCUCUACCCAUGAGCCCUUCAUGCGAAAGGAGGCAGCUGAGAGAGUUGUAACAACUAUGAAAACACCGUCCUCUUCUUCCUCUUUGAAGGGGCAGCUGUUCCUCAGUGGUGGGGCAGGUCAUCUCCCAAUUGGAAAGUUGGAGGUUUGAUCCCAGGUCCUGCCGUCCUUGGGCAAGACACUUGACCCCAAUCUGCUCCUGCUGGCUGCGCCCAGCGGUGUGUAAAUAGGAUUAGUUAAAACUGAUAGGUGCUUUGCAUAUAGCAGCAGUGUGUGGUGUAAAAGGGUAAAUGUGACACGUAACAGAGAGAAAGCCCCCUAUAAACUGCCUCUUAACCAUCCUUCUACUCUUUCUUUAUUUGUUCCAAUGAUACACAGCUAUUGAUCAUAACUGAGGAAGUGCCACUAUAAUAUGUUCCAGUGCCUAUUAUAAAAUUAUCAUUGAAAUAUCAAAGCUAAGAAAUCAAAAGAAUGAAAGAAAGAUAUGAAUCAUUACAUUACUGAUUGAUCUCUCUGAAUACAAUGUGAAGAAUAAACACUUCAUCACUGAGCACCACAUUGUAACCCAGUGGUGAUAUUCAGAGAGAGUCUAUGAGUGCCAGUUGUGUCUUAUCAUCACGACAAGAUGGUACUGCUGAGACCGAAGAUCCCAAAGAUCCAUUAGUGUCCUCUUUUUCAUUUUGACACCGACUUCUGGAUAUCUGCCAUCACUUACUAUUAUAUUACAGCAUCAACAACCCCCAGUUUGUCUUUAUUACCAGCUCCUAAUCUCUGCUGACAGCUAAUCAUGUUACAAGUUCUUUGGGUCGCUUCUCUCGGUCACAGCUUUUCUGUGUUUUCUUUGUUUCUGUUAAGCCAUAAAAUUCAUAACCAGCGAUCGCUGAACAGUCCAUAAUGCGAUGCACCCCCCACCCCAUCCCACCCCUCUCUGUCUCACAACUUGUGUCUCAAUAAGAGAAGGCAAACAGUCUCUGUCGCUGUGCUGCUUGUGCAUGCUGUGAUUAAUGUCUGCACGGUCUGGUCAAAGUGUCGAUAUCUUCAACAGCUGGGCCCAUCUGUCAUCUUUCUCCUGUGACACCCCUGAACGUAACUCAGGUCCGAUCAGGGAGGCCAUCCAUCAAAGUGGUAAACAGAGACGUCUCACAUUAGCAGCCCCGAACACUUCUCAUCAUAUACCAUAACAGACAAGCAAUCAUCUGGUAUUAUGUCGUGCCACAGGCUAAUGUGAAAUAUUAACGCAAAUAUACGGCGCACCAGCUGCCGAUCGGACGGGGCAUCUGUGCUUUAGCGUAAUGGGUGGGUCACAAUUUAAUAUCGUGGAGACAGUAGGUUGUAGAUUCUCUCUACGCCUGUGUUCCACAACGUUUUCUGGCAAAUCUCCCUGUCGUCACUCUUUUUGUUUCUCUUUUUAACAAUGUUUUGUGUGUUUAAAUCAGAGGCACAGAGUCCAUUUACUCUGCAACCGCCUGCAUAUUGAUUUGUGUUGUAAACUCUGUGCUCUUUAGUCUGAGCAGCAAAGUAGAGAAGAGCAUUCACUUGCAGUUAAAUUAGAUCUGCUUUAUAAGACACCCAUAAAAAUGAGUGAUAUGAUGCAUUCAGGUACAUUUAUUACAUUUGCCUCUUGUGUGUGUGUUUUUUUCCUCUAGGGGGCAGUAGAUUCAGAGACAGCACGCGUAUCUCUUCAUCUGUCCGAUUGGUGACGGAUUCACCACCAUUACUGCUCAGAUAAAUGCUCGAGGGGUCGAGGCCAUGGGCCAGCUUGCGAGGGAUCAACCUCAUCGUUCUCACCAAUACACACGGACACAUAGACAGAAAACACACACCAGCCCUCAUCCCUCUGCUCUUCUUGCAGUCCUCUGCAGCACUCACUCCUGGCGGGGAUUAUGCUGACACUGUAGUGGGAGGAAUAUAUGCAUGUUGGAAAUCAAGAUAUGGACCUUUUGUCAGUGCUGUUGUCAAGUGAUGGAGAUAAAUGUGUGUGAAAUAUGUGUUUUCAGUGUUUUGCCUAAAACUCAGCUCCCGUUAAACACAGCCAAAUUUCCAUUUCUAUAUUUCCCUCACCCCCCUCCUAGGAAGAGUACUCUUAUAUUCACAAUCGUAAGUAAGAGAACAGUCUCAGUAGUGGGUAUUCUUCUGAAUAACUUGUUAAAUUUAGAGAUAAAAAUGUGAUAUCAAAGAUAAAACAUCAGUCUCUGGGCUCUUGUGGCUG